AGAAUGUGGCAUUCAGGGCGAGGAGGGAAAACCGAGAGGCACGUCAGCCAGUGGAGUGUAUAACAAACUACCAAAGUCCUAUAAACACAUUCAUUUUUAUGGAAACUAUUCUUGUGGAUUACAACACUAUCGGUAACUUUUUGGAGCGGAUAUUUCAGGAUUAAAUCAACUGCAGGAAAGGACCUUGACUUUUCCGGAAUAUCCAUCCAAGGAAUACUCUGCCUCCACACGGAGUUUUCCUACAGACUACCCCCGUGUUCCGCUCACAUUUAGGGGGUUAGGAAAGUUUCUGGCACACUUGGAGAGACAAAGGUAAGUCUUACAUUUAGCUAUCAACUCUUUUGAUAGUUAUACGAGUUUAAAACCUGUCUUUACAAAUGUAUAAACUACUUUCGGUACAAAGGUCGGCACUGGUGGAGGUGACGGUGUGUUUACAUGCCAGACUCCUGCCACGAUAUGCCACUUUCUCUGGUGCGGCCAAAGCCUCAUAGCCAACUGAAUGUACACCUUCUUAACUGUGGCAGAUAACCGUGAAAUAAACUUUAUAUUCUUUCAUUAAGUGUUCUUCUCCAUCUGAAAAGACCCAUCUUCAAUUCGGCUCACUUUAAGUGCAUCAACAAGCUGUACGUUUUAGACAAAUUUCAUAGCAAGUGUUAUUGAACAGUGCUUGCAAACUUAAGUGUAGUGUAGUUAAAACCAAGAUUUCCUGUGUGAAAUGAUGAUUGGGCUUUUAUGGCACUUUAUUUACCCCCGAAUUGUAGACAACCUGCUAGAAAUUGAUUAAAAGCCCUAAAUUAAACUCUGCAUCCGUCAGUAUGUGGUAACCAAAGCCACAAAAUAUAUAUAGACCUUUUUUAAUGGAAUCCGGCAUGCAAAGUGUACAUAAAUAAAAAUGGACCAUUUUAAAGCUUUUGAAAGAUUUUUUUUACAGACUUUUGAUCUUAUUUCAGAGAAAGAGAUAGCAACAGUGUAUGCAAGACUGAUAAAACACUUCAUCAUGUACUACCCUAACUUUCCUUCAAAGCAAUAACUGUCAAGUGACUCUUGUUUGUAAGCCAUAAACUGACUUAUUCAUGUUCACUUGGGACCACUUCACUGAGACUUGGAGUCCCUGCUGUGUCAGAGUGAAAAUGUAAGAGUUAUUGUUCCCCUGUCAUGAAUGCAGUGAGGAUACAAAACGCCCCGAGGGAGGUGGAAGAAAGAGGAGGACGUGAUCGGUGUAAAUGGGACUGACAGCUCUGCUUAGGCCCUGUGCUCCACUCUGGCUGCAGCUUAUGUAAUGUUAAACACCAGGAAAGCAGUGCAGAACUCAGUGCAAGGCCAGACUUCUCUCCGGAUACUGUGAUCCAGUUUCAAAACGAUAUUUUUCAUCAUUGCACAGUGUUUUUAGCAAUCAGGUUUGCAUGCAGAGGUCCAGACUGUCUGUUAUCUGCAGGACACUGGAGCAGAGACUGUGCCAUGAGACUAAACUUCUCCCUCCUUUAUCAGUGAGCUGAGUCUGGCCACUGGGCUGGAAGAGUUUAAGUAGCUGCUCUCAAGUUGAAAUAAAGUCCACAGAGAGCAAAGACUUCAUCCUGGAGCCCUGAGGGGAGCAGCAAAGCCAGACCAGUCCACACAGGGCGUCAAAGGGCUGACACUGAAUGUCAUGAUAAUUUUACCCUGCCCUCGUUCAAAAAUGUGAUAAAAAAUUAGUGAGGUUUGGUGGUAAACCAUCUGAAACACAUGUCGGUGUUAGUGAGGACUCUGGGUGUCCCGUCAGUGUUUACACAGCAGAGGAAACCCGCAAGUGGAUCCCUCAUGAGCUGUUUGUGUUUGAAGGGUUGGUGAGCUGUAAUUAAAGCGGCCUCUGAAUUCACAGCAGGUUUACACACGGUCUCUGUGGUCACCCUGCCCUCAACUCACCUGUGAGAGGUAACAGGUGUGUUUAAAGACUGUGUUCACACUUAACAGUUUGCUUUAAGGCUGUCACAUCAGAAGGAGAACAACCCACAGUGACAUUUAUCCAUCUAGAGAUGAUUUUAUGUUGGAUCAGAGCUGAAUUUGUCUGUUGGCGGUCUGAUUUUUUUAUGAGCGGUUGUGAUUGCAUGUCACCAGAACAGACACAGUAACACUUAUUGUGACUUUAUUUUGAAAACCUCAUGAAGAUUCAGCCUUCACAAAUCCGAACACUAACUUUCUAUGCUUUGGACUGCUGCCUAUUACAAUAAAUUAAAUCAUAAUCCUCAUAUUUUGGUGUUAUUAUGUAUUAUUGUUUUGUAUAGCUUUGUUUUGGUGUCAUUUUGUUAAUGUUAUGGGUCUCUAACAGGGAUGUGAGAUACAAAGCUUGGCCUUUUCACAUUUUCAGCCUUCAUUGUUAAAAUUGUGGGAGUGGGAGUUGCUGGUCUACCUCUACCUCUAUUUCUUAGUCAUGUGACCUUUUUGUAAAUGUAAGAUGAUUUUAUUUUCAGGCCAAAACCUGCUCAAAGUAUCUAGAUUCUAGCUGUCUUUAAAAAAACAGUAAUUUAACGUUGCACAACAUCGGAGUUGCUGGUCUACCCAUUAAGUCACAGGAAUGACCCUUACAAACACAAACCUUUUUUAGACGGAAAGCAAGAUACCUUUUUAAAAAGAGAAACACAUUAUUUGAAGAGUGACUCGACUUCAUUGGCAAGGACUGUAAUUGAUACCUCAGAUCAUGGGAGUUGCUGGUUUACCGUUUCCAAAAUUGGGUAAGGUUUGUGUUGCUUCAGACAAAUGAAAACCUUGAAGACAGGAAAAACAUGUUUUUAAACGAGACACAGUCGAAGUCACCAAACUCCACUGGAAAAAACUACAACUUUCCUUUAUACCAAAUAGGAGUUGCUGGUCUACUGCUGCUCAGACUGGUUGGACUUUGUUGGUGCUGUCUGUUUUAAGAACAACCUUGCAGUGAUAGCCUCUUAAAUUUAAUAACAAGGUGCCUUUUUUAAAUAAGAAACCCUUACUUGUUGGGUUGUCAGCAGUGUUGCAUUAAUCCUAAUGCAGUUAAGGACCUAAACUGACGUGUGCUUCUUUUGUUUGCCUGCUAUUUGCACACCGUAGGUAAACCACUGGCAUGUCCUCCUGCUGCUGUCUCAAUGGAAAACAACUACGCUGUGCUUUUGAACGGCACAUUACACUAUAAAAAUCUUCCACGUUGCUCUUUUGACAAGUCCAAAGUUUCGUCCUCUUUGUGUCAAGGAGAAUUCAAAUUUCACCAAGUUUGUGUUUGUGUUCGAGACACCACCUUUGAGCUAAGCAUACAGGUGCAGAGACCAGAACAAUGUCAACCAACAACUGCGUCGCAAAAGCUGACAGUGCAAUAUUUUGGCGUGUUUGAAUUAUUGUCAAACAAAUAUAAAAGAACACGAGAAAGCACGUCAAUGAAAAGGUCCAUCUCUGCAGUAAUCUUUUCUGUAAUGCCCCAAGACAAAAGUACCCAACACCCAAUGCACGUCUUUGGUAAAAACAAACAUCUACCAGGUUGUACAUGUUUCCUCAAGGAUUAUUUUGCAGCCAUUAUAGUCAACUCAAGGCUGCUGACUAGGGAGAUCUUCUGGAUUUUCAAACCUUUAUAUCAGUCAAGCCUCAAAAUAAGUUUAAAAAGCCACUUUUAUAAUACAAGCAUUAACUUUUAAUUGGAUUCAGGAAUUUAAAAGGAUCAGGAUCUAAUUAGUGGAAUCAAAGUGGAUUUAAGGCCGAUUAAAUGUGAUUGAACCCAGACCCCUCGUGCAUGUUUUGGCUUCAUGUUGAGUCUGUUUCUGUUUAAUUGGACUUUAUCUGCAGCUCUCAGCAGUCUUUUUGUCUCGUCCAACACCUUCAGUUUCCUCUCAGCAGACAGGAGAGCUGCUGUCCUCUAACAGAGCGACUGAUCUGGUUUUCUCAUUUCUUUCCAGUCCUGACUGCGUCGACUCCCCCCCCUCCUCAAACAGUAGCUCCGUCAGUCUCCAGACUCUGGAAAUAUCAUCUCUCCGUAAAUAAAGUCUGAGAAAUCUGAGCUGGAAAUUAAUCAGCGGGGAAGUUUUUCCAUCUCUGCGGCCUCAGAGGAAACAUCAGGAGGUGUGUGGUUGUGUCCUGGCCGUCAGCUGAGCGCCACACACAGGAAGAGGAGAGUCUCACCUGAGGCGGGUCCAUGUAUCCGGCGCUCAGCAUGCGGAGGCUCUGACUGAGGAGGCGGCAGCGGAGAAUUCAAAUUAAGCUGGUUCAAACACGAGGAGGGAGGGAGCAUGGGGAAGGAGCAGGACCUGUUGCAGGCGGUGAAGAGCGGAGACCUGCUGUCCACUCAGAAGCUGCUGUCCAAACUCAAAUCCAACAGGAACAGUAAGUACACCUCAUGCAGAGGCUUUUAUUUUGAAAUAUCAGUCUGCUUAUGCAUCUACUUAAAAACAAAGCAACAAACACGUUCAUGCAUCAAAAAUACAAGUACAAAAACAUCAGGAAAAGGUCCUUUUUCUGAUUUAUUGAUCUUGUGAUGGCAUUGAUUUUUUGCCUGGUUACUUGGGUAACCAAUCCCACCCCACCUAGUUUAUAACUGGUUGGUUGUAGCAGCAACACGAGUGCCUUCUUGAGCCCCCAGGUAAGCAGCCGUAGUAGCUGAUGAAACAGGAAAGAAGACCCCCAAUAAGCUGGUUCCCUCUGUGUACUCAAGCUGCUCUAUUCAAAGCUAAACAGACUAUACCAGCGUGCACGGUAGCUUUUUUUACUUGUGAUAAACCUCAAAAGUGGUCACCAUUCUGUGCCGAGUACCUCUAUGAGAAGUUUAUGGACUCCUGUACGGCUCUCCUAGCUGACCAGUUGGCUGAAAGUUUCGCCCGAUGUGAUUGGUUAUUGUAUCUGACAGCUGUCUGUUGCAGCUUCAUUCCCUGAAAUCUUUCACCAUUUCUCCUUUCCACUCUUCCUUUCCUUCUUCUUACAAAACUUUGUCGUGAAACUCAAAGUUCUUUAAGUAUUUUGAAAACUAUAGCGUUUCAAAGCUAACUCUGAAAAGUCAGUGUAGAAGCUGUGGGUAGAUUCUAGUAAUUUUGAAUCUGACUUGGUUGCUUUUUCCUGCUGACUGAAGAUAUAGCAGCUCCUAUUUUUUCCCUGAUCCUCAGAGACUGUGGUGUGGAGGCGUCAACUUGCUCAAACAAGCUUUUUGCUGAGUUUUGCUGCUGUCACACGACCUACAACUAUAAACCAUUGUUGAUGCUGUGACUCUCUAACAGACAGAUCAGACGUGAAGAAGCUGUUUCUCUGUUCAGUGCUUGUGUGAAUAUUUGAAUCCUCCGGUUUGUCAUGGAAAAAAAACUUGCGUUAACGCUUGUUUGGACACAUGCUGACCCUUUCUUUUCUUGUGUGACCCUCCUCUUUUCACUCUGAUGGAUGUUGUGGCCUCUUUGCCUGAAAAAGGGGCUCCUCUGAGGCCCCUGGAGGCCAGCAGAAGGUCACUUUGUAUCAGGCAGAUAACCCUUCACCUGUCACAGGACCGUCCAAACAUAACAUCCAGUGUGAUCAGUGACCUCUGACCAAGUGAAGGAGGGUCAGGAGGUGAGGAGUUGGACUAUUUACCAAACAUGGACAGGAUGUGGAGGCGAAGUAACAGUGAGCAGAAAGACACAGACUCUAACUCUGAGAGGGAAGCUAAAAAAGGAAAAUUCUGUAUAAUUUAGUUAUAAGCACCAAUACUGAGCAGUUUCUCGCCCUUUAAUGCCUGAAACCACAAAUUAUGGCUAGAAAAUUCAAUGUUUUUGGAGCUGAAAUGUUUAUUUCACUUACUGAAAACCCAAAAAAUCAAAAUGUCCUUAAAAUUUAACAAAUAUGUGUGUAUCACGUUUGAUACAUUAGAUGUUUUUGGAAAUUGAUGAACCACAAGAGGACAUUUUUAUCAUUUAACAGACUGUAUUCUGUGUUUUUUUAGUAAUUUGUUGAUCAUAUUGAUUUGAUAAAAGUAUCAUAAAAGUAUGUAUCAAAUAUGAUACAAGAGGCAUUAAAGGGUUAAGAAGUUCAGCUUCGCUCUUAAUGAAUGAAGUGAUCACACUCAGACUUAAGUGAAAAACACAGUUAACAUCUGAAAUACUCUAAUUAAAGUGUUUGCAGCAGCCUGACUGCAGGCUAAGGAGUGGGUGUGAUCAUAUUUUGAGAGCUUUAUGUCCCAUGAUUCUCAUAACCGAUUAACUGUUUCAACAUCUCAGUGUCAGAGCAGCAACAUGUGCUCAUGUAGUAAGAGGAGAGCUCGCAAAACUUGUAUCCUGUAGCAUGUCUUUCCUGAAUCCUAAAUAACCAUAAAGUUGUAUUUUUCCCACCACAUAAACAGCACUGUUAUCUGGGGUAGCUGACAGCUCUGACUGGAUCAAAUUGUUCGAAAAGCAGGGGCAGUAAGGAGCCAUUUGCAAAACAUUUUUGCAGAAAACUUUUUGACAAUUAAAUUUUCACCAGAUCUGAUAAGUAUGCAAAGUUUUUGGUGCAUGUUAAAGCGACCAAAUUUGCAAUUUUUGGUGGUUUAGAAAGAAAAAAAGAAGAAAAGAAAGAGAAAGGUUACUGAGCCCCAAAAAUGUGCAAAAUUUUUUUUAAAAAUUCUGCACAAAUCUAGCAAAAGUGUUUCCUUUCUGUAGUUUUUUCCCACGUCUUAAUAAAAGACUAAAACUUUAUAAAUACCUCAGAAAAUGAAGGUCUUUACAGAAGGAUGGGGUGAUUUUGGUCACAGAAGAUAAUGGAAGCUGUUUUUAAUGAUAAACAUUACAUAACCUGAAGGUAUCCCAGUGACAGCAGCAGCAGCAGGUGUAGAGGAGGACGUAGAUCAGGGUGUAGAUGUCUCCACGGCCAGCUGACGGGCCCGUCCCGCUCCCUCAGGGACGUCCUGCAGACUAUCACAUGACCCCCAGCUAUUGUUCUCCAUCUCAACACGCCUGAUCCAUCACCUCAAAUGUUACACGAGAGCCUUUUACUAUUGUUACAGCCUUCAAACACUUCAAAAUGAUCAGAUCUCUGCUGAGUGUGAAGGAGAAAUACUUCUACUUCAAACUUUUUUCCCCUCACUUAUGGAAGCAGAUGAGUUUCAGCAGCCUCUUUUUUUUAACAUGUAGGACAUUUCAUUAGAUUUUUAGAGGACGUGUUCGACCCGUACCAUCCUCCUGACAUCUGGUGUUUUAGUGUCUCCCCCAACUGCUAUCAUCCAAAUCACAAGGAGCUCCCAGAUGGUGCCCAGCCAGGAUUAAAAGGAAUUAUAGCAUUUGGGAGAGGAGGGGAGCGAGGAGGGGUGGUGGUGGUGGUGGUGAUCCAGGUCUGUGUGUCAGGAGCUGUGGUAUCUUGUUCUCAUAGCUCUGCUGUUUACAGUCAGUACACUGUGACUGCUCUGCUCUGUUAGGACCUAAUGGACUAAUCUCAUCACAUCAGUUUAGCUCUGAGGCGUUCUUUGAGGAGUGAGGUGGAUGGUGUGUGAGCCAUUUUUGAGGCUGUGGACAGUUAAAAAAGACAAAUUAGUUUUCAGAAAGUUGGAAAGUUCAGAAAGCAGCAAUGAAGACGCAACAUUUCAGCCACUUUAAAAAGCAUCUAUGAUACAAUAGAGAUGGUAUAACAAAGGAUAAAAAAUUCUCUACUCUUCCGUGUUACCAAAGUAUGUUGUUCUUAGGUUGCUCCAUAUAGAAGGUUGUGUCUUAAGCGGCUGCCCAGGUUCAACUCGUCCCUCCUUCUUUACUCCUCGUUUUCUCAAACAGGAGCGCAAAAGCCCAGAAAUAGUUUUAAAAAGUAUGCUGAGAAAGUAAAAGGACUUCAAAAGGAGGUUAUUAAUGAACGGCACAGAUUUUCCUCUCUAUAUUAAACUCCAAAAUAUAUAAACAACCAGCCGAGAUGUGUAAUUUUCCUCCUGGUUAUGCAUUAUAAGGUUUUUCUUCACACAUUUAAUGUGACAGAUUUUCCCUAAAUUUGGAGUCCCUCCCUUAAGAGAUUGUGUUUUCAAAUUAGCAUCGGCCUCAUUUGAAUCUGUGCAGAAAAACACUUAACUUGAUGAAAGUUGUGUUGCAGACAGCUGCUUUAAGAUAAGAUAAACCUCUGUAUCCCAAGGUGGGGAAAUUUGCAAGACACACCUUUUUUCCGCCUAGUGAUUGUAGACUCUUUGUAGAAAAAGAAAAAGGAUAGUUAACUGUGAGGUAAACUGAGACUGACCUACUGUACUGACCUACUGUACUGCGUAAUAGAAAAAGAGAGGGAGUGACAUGCCAAGGGGCAAUAAGCUGGAAGCAAACUCAGGCCCACCGCUUUAGGCAUAAUCUCUGUACACGUAGACUAGUCUUAGGCCACAGAUGCCCCAAACUAGACUGAAGUUUUUCUUAAAUUUAGACUAGUCAGCUAGACUGAAUUUAACAUUUUCAUGUUAACAAUCAAGAAAUUGGUACAUGUAGGACAUGAGUUACAAAAUUAAUAACAUUAAAAUGCUUUAAACUAGAAAUUUUCAAGAAUUUUUAAAGCUCCUGUGAUGAACUUUCUGUCCCCGUGAACAAAGUGAAAAUUUUUGUCUUUUUGCUGAUUAUGUCAAAAUAUAGACAGAGAAAUUUUCUCCUGCUGUGUUGGAAGAGUCAAACUCACUGCAAACUAAAGAUUAAUCUAGGUCUGACUCUUAGCCUUUUCGACUGUUUCAUAACCAGCUGAAAGCUUUAAUUUGAUGUCUUUUUAAGAGGAUUGAGAUUGGAUUUUUAGACAUUUAGACCUCAAACAAAAGCAAACACAAGCCUUUUUGGCCUUUAACAUCUCCAUCUGUCUUCUCUAACAAAGUCUUCAGCAGGAGGUGUUAUUAUUGACCCAGAGGAGUGAUGUUUGCUGCUGAAGCUCAUCAGUGUCCCAUUAUUGGAGCCUCGUAAACCUGUCGUCUCUCUAUGAAAAGCCGGCCGUUGAGAACGAAACAAAACGGGGAGCAGCGUGUCGGAGGAGGGUGGGGGAGAGAGGGAGAGAAGGGGAGACUGACGCCCACUUUGGAUGUCUGCCGUCUCUGCUCUCAGACCGAAUCUCUGCCAUGUUUAAUUCAUGAGUUUGGGUUCAAACUCGACUCAGCCAAUCAUGUCCCACAAAAUCCUCUCUUUUCUGAGCGUUUUUGGCAGAGCUGCUGUCGUAUUCUGGACCGUAUCACUCCACAGAUCCUCACAGUUUGGUCUUUGAAGUCCCGUUCACCUCAGAAAAACUUCCAGCUUCACUGGAUUGUCGGUUUUGAUCUCAGGGACUUUAAAGCCAGAAUAAAACCCGUCAUCCUCCUGGUGAAUUUCAAAAUGCAGAAAGUAGCUUCUCUGUCGUACGUGCAAGUUUCACAAGUAAAUACCACUGGUGACUCGCCAAGGUUAAACAAGAUUUGAUGCAAAAAUAACAAAGAAGCAUCAGAUUAUGAGACUACAAGUUUAAGCAGUUCAUAUAGAAGUCGUCCUAAAAAGCCUUACCUACUUUGGUACUUUAUAGUUAGAGGUCAUAUCUUGAAUAAAAAACUCUCAGUGGGAUUUAUUUCCCAACAGAGAACUUCUUCUGUCCAAACUCUUUGUUAACCACAUUGUCAGUCCUACAGUAAGCAAAUGUUAUACUUAUGCCACUAUUCAAACAAUACUCUGUUAUUUCUGUUUUCAUUUCUGGGGUUGCAAAUAAGUCAUGGCUAGAAGCCUGUAUGCAUGUCAUCUACCUCGUAAACACUUCAAGUAAUGCCUCAUGUACAUGUCCCGUCAAAUGCACGAUUAGAUAAAAAAUGAAAUGAAGAUUAAUCCGUUGGCGAAGUGUUUGUUGUUCCAGACCCUAACUGGAGGAGGUAAUGCUACACUUUAACAUGAGUAUUUGGGAUAUCCCAGAGUAAUUUAUGUCUAAUUGGUUUGAGUGGAAAUUCCAAUUCCAACUACUGCUGUGUUCAAGUUCCCUCAAAAGUCAGAAGUCCGAGUUAAAAAUGAUGUCACGCCUGAGUUACCAGCGUUUCAAUUACCAAGUUGGAAAAAAGCAAAAUCGGAUGUGGAAACAAGAUGGCUACAUCUACGAAAGUUAUUUUAGUGCUUGCCUUGUCUGAAUAUAAGACAAGUGCUAAAAUAACUUUCGUAGAUGUAGCCAUCUUGUUUCAGGCCUCCGAUUUUGCUUUUUUCUGACUUGGUAACUAAAACGCUGGUAACUCGGGUAUGACGUCAUUUUCAGCUCCGACAUCUGACUUCCCAGGUAAAUCGAAUGCAACAUAAUUGCCUCGACUAUAAACCAGAUCUAUUUGCUGUUGUCUAGUGUUCCAGACCUGAGUGUGAAGUAGGCUUGUAUUAGAGGCAGGCCUUUAUAUCAUAUUACCUAUCAAAUUUUGAGUCUUCUGUGCCUGUUGAACUUACACACAUAAGGCAAAAAGACAGAUGAAUUCACAAAUAAUGUGUAAAGGGUUAAAUGCACCACAAGCUAAGCUGCAGAGCAUAUAGCACCACUAGCUACCAGUGUUGUUUGCAUCCAUGCAAAUGAGCCACUCUGCAUAUAUUUGAAGCCGAAUACACCCCUUUGUAUGCAAAUAAGUCUCAUAGAAAAAAGCACUGACAUUAACAGCCAUGCACAGUUAUAAUGAAAUGUUACUGUCAGCUGAGAGUUGGUGGAAAUCAUGUUUGGGUUCUCACAAACUCCUCAGUCGAGACAGACUGAUAAAUCAGGCUAAUGAAUGGCAUUUUGACAUGAUGGGUAGCACAUCGAGCCAGACAGAAAUCCUGCUUUUCUGUAACAGCAAUAUUUUUCCGAGCUGAAUAUUCUUUAGCAGACAUUAAAUUAUUAAAACAUUUUUUCAAACUCAGCAAUAUGAUUUUCAUUUGUUCACAAAAAUCCUGUAUCUGCUCUGGCUUUACUUAUUUAAGGUAAUUACAGAGGGUUACAUCAGUCUGCAGCUCAACUCCUGUACAUGCAGACUCUGCCAUUAUGCACAGUGUGUUUUUUGUUUUUAUCUGAAUAGGCAGCUUUUUGCUAACUCACUCCAGGAAGUAAACUGGAUAUAAACUCCAGAAUAAUCAGAGGACUUCUCCUUUUCCCUCAUCAUUAAUGUGGUGAAUCAAUAAGAAUUCGUGCUGUCAGGUUGAGAGUCCACAGCCAAUUACUGGACGUAGGUCUUUAUUCACUCGUAAAGGAUGUGAUCUCAGCUGUAAGAGGGGGUCUGGCAGCAAAUUGGGUAAUCUUUGAGGAUUUAUGGCAAACCUUUGUGGUUGGUUAACAAGACUCAGAGAUGUCAAAUUUGGAAAAUUUUACUGUGCAUUUUGAGUAAUUUUCUAACCUUUAAUCAACAAAGACGUUCAUUCAGAGACAGAACUACAACGAUUUCUUUGUUUUGAAAGGCGCAUCAGUCCUCAAAUGUAAAUUUGCAUCAUAAAAUAGUCUUUAGCUGCUGUUUUCCACUGCUGCGACCUCAUGCUGCUGCAGCUUCUAACAGCUGAGGAGUCUUCUGAAGCUUUGCUGAAUGUUAACUAAAUUCCCUGUUAAGGAAAAAGUGCGACACCGACUUUAUUCCUGUCCUUAUUGGAGGACAAAAAAUGCAUAUCCAUGAGGUUUUUUUGUCCGGUUAGAUGUUCUUCUCUACCUUGAGAUGCUUAAUGAAUACCGACCCAGAUUUACAAACCUGUCUAACUCCAAAAAGUCAUUUACAGCCUUUCUUCUGCAAAUCGCACAUUGCUGUCACACUCAGGUUUUCCUGCUGACAAAAGGGGAAAAUGAGAGUCACUUGAUAUGCCUGGAUGUAAUUGGAACACAUUAAGACUUUCACACCCUCUCUGUUCUAGUCAAACUUUGUAGAAAACUCAGUAACAGGUCUUUGCUUUUACAUAACUCUCUCUCCUUUUUGAAAAAAAAAAAAAAGGUUAAAUUCAGGAGACUGCGAGCUCAGCCAAUCAGGUGCUUUUUGCUGCGAGUGUUGGAGGAGUUCAGUGGGACUCUGCUUGCUCCACUUUCACCUCUCAUCUCCAAACAUAAAACUAUAAACCGACGGGGUAAUGAGGAGGGAAGUUUCCACUCCCCCUUGCGAACGGCCCAGAUUUGAGGGAACGUGUUAAAACCUCUCAGACGGUCCGUGAAAUUCUGCCUCUGCAUUUGAGCUGAUAGUGUUUGCCUGUCAACUAUGCUGUUGGUGUGUUAAAUGUUUAAUUGGUCCACUAAACACACAGGAUUCCUAUAGGCUUUAAAGCAGGCCGGGCAUACCUCUGAGCAGGGAAACAAAGCUCCUGUGUGUUGUUGCUGAGGGGUCCCUCUGGACCUCCAAAUGUCUGCAGACCAGUCGACUCGGAGGCGUCAGGAAGGAGGUGAAGACCAACAAGAACUUCCAACCCUGACCCUAAAAAGGUUUUGACGAUGUGUUGAAUUUAAAAACAGAAUUUUGAGUUGCUUGGAUUAGAAGGGGAGUGAUGUGUUGCCCUGAAGCCUGUAUAUAUUGCCCAGCAUUAAAGGAGCCUUCACAGACGAGCAAGCUUCCUACGCCAUGGACACUUAAGAUCCGAAGACCAUCAGAGAUUCUGGUUUAUGAGACAUCAGCUAAUAAAAAAAACAGGUGGUCCCUCUCCUCUGUAGAGAGAAGGAGGUCUCUGAUUUACAAACAGAAUAUCCAGUUUUGAUCGGCUAGACCACUGGACAGCUCUCUACUUUGCCUCAGUCCAUCUUUAUUGGGCUCUGGUCCAGGAAAGUCCCUGGUGUUUUUAAAUCAAGUUUGCAUGCGGUCUCCUCUUUGUCUCUUUGGGACAGUUUUAACUUACACAUCCUUAUACCACUACGGGUGCUGGCCUGGUGGUCCGUCUCUUCUCAUAAGCAGCCCUUGAAUUCCAAAAGAACAUCAGACUCUGAUUUGUCUGACCAUCAGGCAGUUUCCUACUUGUGUUUCUGGUUGUGUUUUUGCUGAUUCAGCUCACAGGUAAUGGUUUUGGAGGAAAUUUGGAGCCCAGGCAGUGACUUCCACUACAGAGUCAUACUUGUUUUCAUUGCAGAGCUGCCAAAGGGUCCAAAGAUCAUGACCUUUCAAUGGCAGUUUUUAGUCCUGUCCCUUUUGUACAGGUUUCUUUUUAUCCUUUAAUGAUAUAAUUGACAUCAGAUGAUUAAAUCCCCACUUUUUUUUUUGAGAAGUAGGGCUGUAUUUUAUUUCAAAGAAACAUAGACACUAUGGUUAAAACUCAGACCUAACUAGACAGACCUAAAGUAAGAUGCAGGGCUUGACAGUGCGAUCGUUUCACUCCCAUUUGCGACUAAAAAUAGAUGUGUGCGAAUUGUAAAAUGUAUUUAGGGGCACUUGUGCGCAUAAAAAAAUCAACCGAGGCAACAAAUGUGUUUCCAUAUAAAUACCGCAGUGAAGUUUGUUUUAGGUUGGAUAUCCGACGGACGUCCACGGCGGAUCUACCGGUGUCUUCUCACUCUCCAUAACCGGGAACAGCAACAGCAGCACGGUUAAAUCUACUCAGGACCCUCACUGUCAACGUCAGGUGUUGAAUAAGGGACCAUUGAUAAAUUACCAGUUGAUUUUCUCAAAAAGGCUGUUUUCCUUCAAUGGCUUCCAUGUCAUGUGUCCAAUUGACCUAAAAUUGAUUUUAUAUAAUAGUACUAAGGUCAGACAAUAAGACACACCUCUGUAUUUCCCUAAUUUGUCCUCUAAAAAAUUGUGUGUUAAAUUUAAAGGCAAAUUUUGAACCUUUCCUUCAAUAGCUUCCAUGUCAUGUGACCAAAAGACCUAAAAUUGAUUUCAAAUAAUAGUACUUAUGUCAACCAAUAAGACACACAUUAUUUGAUCAAUUUUCAUUUUCAGUUUUGUUCUUUGUGUGCUCCUUACUUUUUUAACUUAGGAGCUCGUCAUGUGCUCUUUUAGUCUGGAUGCACCACCUCCAGAAACAGGUCUACCUGCAUUGGGUUUAAACACUCUGAGACAGAUUAUCACAUUAGGGAGGUUUAAGGCCCGCCUUAGUUCUACCUCUUUGUGGUUAGAUGGAUCAAAAGAUAGAUUCAGUCCAGUAAGGCACCUGCUGUUUGGCUUCAUGAAGCAGCUUCAGAAACCAGUUGCAGACAUCACUAUAUGUAGGACUGGAAAUGUUGCUUCCCUUUGAGAGUUUUGCACCAGUUGAUUCUGAAAGUUUAAGAAGUCCUGGUCCUGGUUUGGGGGCCUAACUAGUUAACCCACAAUUGUUCUCAGAAAUGUGCCUCCUGGUCCAACCGGCCUGUGGGAUGUCUGCUGAACUGCGGUUGAACUGCUGCUCUGGUGUUGAGCGUUGUUGCAGUCUCCUUAUGUUUCUCCUUAUAAACACACAUUCUCUGUUAUAAUUAGAUUAGCCCCUCUCAGUAUAACCUGCCUCAGAGCUCGCUCACAGCAGCCUCUCUUCACUUUUUAUAGUUGCUUUGAAAUGAAAACAAGAAGAUAAUGAAUCUAGUUCGAGGCUAUAUCCUGUGUGUAUUGUGUGUGUGUUGUGUAGUGGGAAACAGUCGGUGCUCAGCGGAGUAAUGGCUGCUGGUGUUUUUCUUUAUUCGGUGAGUUAUGUAACAGAGGUUCUGCACUCAGCUCUCAUGUUGGGAGGUUUUCUCAAGGCUUUUCUUUGUAAGUGUGCGGCUCAAAGGUCACAUGACUGAACAUGUGACUAUUGUACGAAAUGACAAAGAGUGCAUCCUGUCAGGUUAGAGACCAUAAACACUUGAUGACGCCUCUUUGUGGUCGCUGCAAACCACAACAGAGUUACUCUGCUGGGAUGGGUGCUGGUUUGGGUUUAUUGACAACAUUCAAAGACACACACACACACACACACACACACACAUACACACACCUAAAACUCUGUCAGGGAGACAAAAACAAACUCCUGAUCUUUAUUCUGGGACGUGUCACUCCAUGGAGGCGCCUGUUUUUGUCAAAUCCAAUAAAUGCAAAGAGAUGCACUUCAUGACCUUGACUUUUAAGUUUAUUAUUGAUGUAGUUGUGCGCCAGUGUGGUCUGAAACCACAAUGUGAAGUUAGGGGGCAACUUCAAGGUGCUUUGCAGUGAUGGGUUCAUUUUUACUGCUCAAAAUAUUUGCAGAGGUGCGUGUACUGAAUGUCUAGUUUUUGUCAAUAUGAUGUGCAGUUAUUUCAAUAUCAUUUCAUUCCUCAAAAUGGCAUCCAGUGAUUCCUUGUUCAUGCAAAAGCAUUUGCACUUUUCUGGUGUUUCAAUUUGGUGGCCCUUUCAGCUUCUUCCAUAAAAGUGUCUUCCAUAAGUUACACACUCCAAAGUUGUGCUCUGCUGUAUUUUGUGAUGCAGUUGUAUACUGACAGUCUGAUUAGCUGAACCUGUAUGUUUAGCUCGUAGAUGGAAGUUCACACUUGAAGCUCAAACGCAAACCCGAUGAUAUUUUGUGUGUCGAAAAGCGAAGAUGACUUUUGACUUUUCAUUUGAGCUAUUUGGUAGUUUCAAAAGUGAAAUGUUCAAAAGCCAAUUACAAAAUUUGACUACUUCGUGACGGGUUGAGUCGCCCCCUGCUGAACAUUAGAAAGAAUGCAAGCUUAAAAGUCCCACAGGAUAAAUACACUUCUCACUUUUUUACAGUCAAGGGUUAAGGACCCGAAACUACUUGGUUAAGUUUUUGAAAAGAUCAUAGCUUGGGUAAAAUAAUAAUAAUAAUAAUAAUACAUCAUGUUGUGUCUUUGAUGGAGGCUAAGUUUGUUUUGUAAUCGUACCUUUGGGCUUGUGAGCUCUAAAAAAAUAUUAAAGAAUGCAUAUUACCAAAAUUAGCUGUCUGUUUUUAUUCACCCAUUUGGCAUAUUUUGCACAAUACCUACUCUUUAAUAUGAAAAAAGCCACAAUUUUUUUAGUACUUUUCACCACUAAAUAAACAUCAUUUCAUUUUAGAGUGGCUUUUGGUCAGCUGUAGAUUCUCCAGCUUGAAAAAAUGCUGUAAAAACACACUCAUAACAGGGUGUUAUUCCUUAUAUUUAUUGUGAUAAAGAUAAAUAAGCUUUAGCGGUGUGUUCCUCAGCGCUGCUUGCAAUAUUGAAAUGGGAAUGUAUUCUGCAGCCUUACUUCUCAUAUUACAAAUAAUUUGGUUAUGAUCCAUGUGGACUGUCUUGUGUUUGUUGGCCCUUAAAGUCCCUCUCAGGAUGAAGGAGUCGGUAUAUUUCUGGACAUAUUUCUCAUUUCUUCGUGUUAAACAGCCUGUCUGUAAUCUGACUUAUAAGUUCUGAUUUGUGUCUGACUGAGUACGGGGAACAUUCCCACCACUGAGCAUGAGAGGAAUUCAGAGAGCCCUAAUUUAGGUCAGAAUUGUGGUAGGCUGCUAAAGAUGGAGUUAUUUUCUCUCUGAAAUCUUGGCUGGUGCAUAUAGAAGUACGUUACAGUCCAGGUCUGCUUCUCUCAGGACUUCAAACCUCGCUGAAAGCUUUAGGACGGCUGCAGCUUGAGCUCAGCGUGACGUGCAACUCACAGCUGUGGACUCCAAGUUUCUCUUAUUUUCUUCCCUUAAAAUCCCCCCGAGCUGUCCCUGUGCCAGCUAUUGUCCGAGCUGCAGCGUGAAUGCAGAGCGAAGAAUGGAGGCGGUGAUGUCAUGGUGCUGGUAUGUGGACCCCGUUGCUGCACCUUCGAGCCCCUUUUUCUGAGGCUGGAAUUUGACUCUGCUGAAAUCCAGCGUACAGAGAGUUUCCUGAAGUUUGCAGCUGAUGACAAAGAGAAAAAAAAAAGGAGAGAGUGGUGUGGUGGGUGUUGAAGCGCUGCCAGCACACUCACUGCUCUUUUCCCAGCGAAGAAAACUUCAAACAGACUCACUCAGAGAAGAAGAAGGAGAGCUUCUGACGUACCAGGCUUAAAUAUAUAUUAGCUUUUGUCAUAUUCAAGUUAUUUGAUCACUGAGAGUGAAAGCCCAUUUGUGCCAUGCAUUUCUUUCAAGUGUUUACUGAUGCUUCAUUUUUCGUUGAAUCUUUAUUUAAUCAGUCAAUGUCCUUAGAUUAAAAACAUUUACAAGAACAUUUAAAUUAUCAAGGAAUCGAUCAAGACAGUUGCAAGAGCUGUGUAGAAUUAAACAGAGGGGCAAAAUACAUGAGCCCAGCUCUGCAACAUAAAUGCAUCAUCCUUCACAAGCAGACUUUGACAAAUUAAAAUACUCUAGUCUUUGGAGUGAUGAUUUUUUUUUUACAUUUUUGGAACUUUUCAACAUUAAAUCUCAAAGCAACUCAAUAAUUCAUCCAAUUUUUGGGGCGUCUGGUAAAAUCGGUGGUUCCGACGACUAGCCAAGACUUCUGUUUUCGAGCAUCUGAGCCACACUGAGGAGUUUUCAGCCGGAUACCAAACAGACUCACAUUAAUAUUGAUGCCUCCUUAUGACCUACAAAAGCAAGCUAGAACGACAGAAACCUUGUUGGUUAUAGACUCAAAAGUCUUGGUCUGUUUUUGUGCAGUUUCCAGAUGUAAAAGGUUCACACUGUGUUGAACGCAGAUGACUAUCAAGAAAAAUAUACUGAUUGUUGUUAAAUUACUGCUGAUAUGAGAUGGGAUGUCAUAACUGCAGACUGUGUUGCGCUUGCUUUUGCUCUCCAUACCAAACAGGAUUAGACCACAAAUGUAUUACAAACAGAAAUCAGUAUAGUUUACAUUUAACAAAUCCUCUGAAAGAGCAUGGACUCUGUUUUUGUCAACUCUGUGAAUAGACAUUAGAGACCUGUUAUAUUCAUUUUCACCUCACAUUAUUCUUAAAAACAUCGAUCAUCUACUUCAUAACACCGUGACAGACCACUGGGCCAAUGGUGGUGGACGGCUUCACUUCUUCUUUUUUUUCUUCCCAGCAUAAAAAAAUGUAAUUUAUAUUAUACGUCAGUGAAAACCUUCGUUUCAGCUCUGUCUGAUUUAUUUUGGCUGCUUUUCCACUGAUAAAAUGUUGAGACACAGCUUGGGUUGUUGCUUUUUACACAGCUUCGCAGCCACAAAAUUACUCAAAGUUAUGAGUUGUGCCCAUUUAGCUCUCGUUUGGCCACAUUAGCAUGUUAACUAUGGUUAAUUUAGUGCUGUUAAAAUGUGACUUACAGCCUGUUAUUUCGAGCCUUCGUGGAGGUCUUUAUAGGUGGACAGUCUCCAGGUUUCAGCUCAUACUGGCCUUUGUUUACAAGUCAUCAGUUGAGUUGGACAUUACACAUCUUUGUUGUUGUUGUCUCAAAAACUUAAAAAGCUUCCACUGAAUUUUGGUGCCUUUGUCUUUGGGAAAGAGGAAAUAGGUGUGACUUUCCUUCACAGUCAGAGAAACCCUUGGGAGAAACUUUCUAAGACAAACUGAAUCUAUUAACUGAAGAAUGGAGGAAAAACACCAUCAGUGAAACAGAUUUUCCAGCUUUGAGGUGGGCGUGUCUUUGUCAGAUUUGCCAGGUGGGAGACAUAAUAAUAAUGUAUAUGUAUCUGUUACAAAAGGCAGUGUGCAGACGCCAUUCAAGUACUACACAACUUAUGGACAGAGAACUCAAUUUUCUAGAUAUGACAUUAUGUUUCAUGCUUUAUGCAGUCUGUUGUUUGAACUGUUGACGAUCUUUGUCAGAACUGCAACAGAGGAUUACAGAGGAUGUGCAGAAAACUGAUGAGCUGAACACAGAGUGCAUCCAUCUCAGUUUCAAAUUGACCUUCAAACAGCAAAGCCUGACCUGAGGUUAGUUAACCCAAGUUGCUGCCAUUUGAGUAUUUAAUGUUAUGAAACUCUACCAACAUCCAUUUUAGCCUAGUUUGUGGUGGUUAAUGAUAGUUUUAACCCAUGCGAGGAAGGUUUUGUCUUCAUGUUCGGUGUUAUUACUCUGUUUUGUUAAUUGGGUGAACUCAAAGUAUGUGAAAUGAAAGUUGUGUGUGAUCUCUGCUUCUGUGUGUUUGUCGUCUUAUCUCAGUUACUGUAAGUGGAGGCUGGGUCUGACACACCCAGGCUGACCGCCAAACAGGCAUGCCCGGUCACAUGCUGCAGGGCCGGGGGGAGGUUGGGUGCAGGAGGGUAGGUGGUGCUUUGAUAGUCCAGAAGGAUGAGGUUUGUCCGUGAGGAAAACGUCCAUUAUGAGCAGCAGAGGAACAGGCGUGGAGCUGAUCUCACAUCCCUCCUGAACAAUAUGUGCAGAGCGCUGAGCCGGUUCCUCGUUUUAGGUUCUGAUUAUAACAGGAACAACACACACUCCUCACACUCCAUCCAGAUUCACUUCACAGCAAACAAGACUUAAAAGGAUUCUCAGAGCACGCGGCCUGAUGUUAUGAUCUUGAACUUUAGUUGAGUUUGAAAAAUGGAAGUUUCUUCUGCAGCUCCAAAGUAGACUACAUGUUUAAGGUAAAAAACAAUAUAGAAUAAGAUAAAAAAAAAUCCAUGAACAGAGUUAGGCACAUAAGGUAAGACUCAGUGAAAAGCCAGACUAAAAAUGUGGGUCUCAGUUUUAAAAAUACUGAUACUCUGUGCCACCUUCAGAUAAAGCCUUUUCUUCAGUCAUGAGGCUGUAUCAGAAACUGUUGAACCCAACUCUAAAAAAACAAAAAGCAUUUUAAAAAGUGGUGACAGAGCGCGCUUUCUUACUUUUGUGUCUACAUUGUACUGUUAAUGAUUCGGCAUGCAACAGAACUAUUUUCCGCAAUAAAAUCAAAGCAAAAUAUGUUCAGUUCAGUUUUUGCGCUGCUCUGUUGGAGCCACAUUUCUGUGGAUGUAACUUACUGGACACAGUAAAACUGCCACUCACAAACUCAACACUGGAGAUAAAUGUUUGAGUCGUAUCUAUAAACACAGAUGUCCUUACAGUUUGAGCAAAAUACAAGGAAAGUUGAACUUGUGUCUGAGCAAUGAGCCUAUAAUAAAACAAGCUUGUUGGUGACAAGAGUCAUGGAUCUGGACCGACACAAAAUCCACCUAAAAGUGCACAAAAAGCAGCACUCCGAUGAAACCGAAAAGCACGUUUGAAUCAUUUCUUUAAUCGAAAAGUGAAAGUCUAAAAGUGAUGCAAUCUUAAAAUGAUUUACACUGGAUUGUAAGUCUAAAAAUUCUUAGUUUAUGUUUGAAACCUGCUGGAUUGAGCUGAAAUGACUCCAGCUUGUCCGGUCCAUUCUCCCACCAGGAUCUGUCAGACCAGAUUUCCUUGAGAAUACCUCAGAGGUUUGUCGUAUUUUCCACCCAGAGUCUAAACAUGUCCUCCUCUGGGACACUAAGUGUCUCAUUAACAAGCCGCUGUCACAUUCAGAUUAUUUACUGUCCAGACAGGUCCAGGACCGGGACUCAGUCUGCUGCCACCCCACUGUCAACUGUCCAUUAGCUUUCAUUACGUCCUGCCCUGCAGUCAGACUCAGUCAUGGGGACGUCUGUCUCCUGAAGGGUCUCGAUCAGCAUCUUACAGGAGAGUGUAAAUGAAGCUGUGAUAGCUAGAUAAACAAACAGAGGGAGGGAAACUAUCUCUGCUUCCUCAUUGUUGACUCUGGACGGUUGGCAAACAGCAGCAUGAACACACUCCUAACCACCAAGUGUGUCAUUCUAUCGUGAGAUCAAGUGAAAAAUUAACCCGGAGAAAACCGCAUCAUAACCAACAAGGCGUCGAUUAUCAGGAAUAGAGUCCGUCUGUGUGCUGCGUGUUUGGAGCUGUAACCUGGCCGUGACUCUCUGUCAGAGGAAGACGACCAGGGGGAGGGUUUGUGUGGUGUUGUGUGGACAGAGGCUCUCGAGGCAUGGAGCAGCUCUCAGGAACAAAGCCAGGACUCGGAGCAGAUCGGGGGCCCCUCACACACUUCCUUUCCAACACUAUUGUUUCACAGAGGAGAGGCGCAGAGCAUUGUGUCGGCUAAGAGCCCCCCCACCCACCCUGAGGAAAACUACGAACUCACUGAGUGACAGACUGAGAGCGCAGACAAUGACAUAGGUGGUCUGACUCACAUUUGAGCCUUGCAUUCAUGGUCCUUGAAGAUAAAAACCCUUUUCAUUGAUACUUGUGUCCUGAAAUUUCCCCUACAAUGAGAUUCUCAUUUAUACAGCUUGUCUUGAAAUUUGCUUCAGACAUUCAUGGUCCCCAGAGGCUCAUUAACUUAAGUAGUAUCUUGACUUUUUUACAGGGACCAGCAGGGUAAAGUUUUCAUAUAGACCCAUAAAUCUCAACAUCUGUUCGAUUAAUCCAUAUAAACUUUUGUGCAGAUAGUCGUCGUCCUUGGAGAAUGAAUCCCACCAAUGUUUGUGAUCCUCUGACUGGGAAUAAUGUUUGCAUAGACUCUUCCAUUGACAAAACUAGAAGUUAAUCACCCGUAGGUUCAGAUACAAAAGCAUGACUGGAAUUCUUUGCUAUUGACUUUGUCUGAUAUCUCACCUUUAGAGAGUGUGUUUUUGCUUUCAGUCUAAAUGCAAAAACACACUCGUCAUGUUUACUCUUUUUUUGUAGUACGGGUCAUAGAGAGGAGAUAAUGAAAACAUGCCAAAUAUUUUCAAUUUACACCGCACAACUGUCAGGAUUUUGAUGCAUUUUCCUGUCUGGAAAAGCAGAUUAUUCAUGUACAUCUUUGUGUUUUUAAAAUUAAGCAGUGGAUUAGUCACUUUUUAUUUUUUAUUUUAUUUUAUUUUAAAUUUUCCAAUACUAUUCUUCUCUUACAUGGUGUCUGAGCCAGGCGCCUCCCUGCUGCUUUGUUUCUGCCACUUUUAUCAGCAGACAGGAUUAAACUGAUAAUACAGAUGUCACGCCAGCACAACAGAGCCGAUAAGGGCUGCCUCAUUCCUCCGUCACCAUCCUGACUGAGUCUACACCUCCAGACGUCUCUGAGCUACAUGACCCAGCACUUUAGAGCCUUUAGAGGAAUGUAAACAACAAACUCUACAGCAAAUCUUACAGCAGCCAUUAAAUGCUGUGUAGUUAGAAUCAAGAGGACAAAGUUGUAUAAAAAUUAAGGCCUUGUUUUAUGAAGAGUCAAAUUGCAACCUGGAAAUACAGAGUACAUGUGGUCUGUUAUAGGGCUGGGCGAUAAACCGAAAAUUUAUGACAAUAACCGUCAUUUUGCCCAUAUCGGUAUACUUGGUGUCAAAGAAAUAAAUAAAUAAAAGUUGGUUUGGAUGUGUGUAGGUAGGCUAUGGUCUCAUGUCCCUUUAAGACGUUGUCCUACUUCAUAGACGUGACUCCACCCCAUCCAGUCCAUAAUAAACAGGGAAAGACAGGUGAGGAGAUGGAGGACGGUUCAAAAGACAAAGUUAAUGUGGGAGGGGGUGAGCAGCUCGUGGAGUAGUUAUCGUCCGUUUAUCGUUAUCGAGGUGAACUGCUCAUUGUACUGUGAUCUUGAUUUGAGGCCAUAUCGCCCAGCCCUGGUCUGUUAUUGAGGUCUUGUUUUAGCAGAUGCUUGAGAUAUACAAUUUUUUUUCUGCUUUAUUUGAAGAGAAACAAAAAAUUAAAUUCAUAAAGUGGGAAGGAAGAAACUUUUGAUGAAAAGGAAGUAACUUACAGUAAAGUUUGUAACAAAUCAAUGAUUAUCUGCUGAAUAUUUGGUCGAUACACUGAUAUAGUUGCAAAUCGUGCCUCUCAAUUCAACUACAAGGUGCUCUGUCUUUCUCUAUUUGUUCAGACAAACUAACCAAAAACAAAAGCAUAAAUACACUCCCACUUUUCUAAAGCCAAAUCUUGGUGUAUUGGUACUUCAUAAAAGCUUCCUAAUCAUUUUGUGUUGCAAUACAUUUCUGCAAGACACCCAGUUCUUGCUGUAAAAUGUGUAAAAAGUUAUGUACUUGACUGUCAUGGAGGGCAAUCUUACAACAUGAGUUUUAGCUGUUGCAACACAGUGUAAAUGCAGAUCUCUGGUGGUUUAAGAUUCGAGCUGCUGCAAUCUCUUUUAAGUGAGGAGGAAAGCUCCUGUUUGCAGCUUUAACCAAACAGCGAGGAGCAGCAGCAGCAGGACACUAAAGAGUUUAUGGUCUGUGUAAUAGUGUUCAUUGAGCAGAGGGAGUCCAAAGCAAACACAUUCUCCAGGUCUGACUUUUACAGCUGUGGUGUUUCUCUGCAGACAGGCUCACAGCAGGAAUCCUGCUCGGGGGAUUAUUAAUCUGUGAGAAUUACAGCUCAAAGUGUCAGACCGCAGCCAGGUAAUCUGUCACAUCUGACUGCUUUGAAAUUUCAAGACAAAACAUGACAAGCUUCCAGAAAGUCUGGUGAGGGUUUCAAUGUAUAAUGGUCUGCAAACAAACCCGAGUAAAUGUAGCGUAUUUCCAUCGGGGGAAAACAGUCUGUGGAUUCAGUCGUAGAGCACAGAGCAUCAACAGAAACAUGCUGUACAUAAAUAAAGAUCCCAAAGUAGCUGCUGUUAAAUACUGAUCUCUGUAAGAAGUGAAACUUGUGGCAUUAUUCGUUUAAUAUGAAACUUCUUUUCACAUAGACUGGGAGGGAUUUGCUCCACCUCUGCACACACAGACCUCCUUUUUUAUAAACUUCACUUUCUGUUGGAACAGUUUGAAUACUAUGUUAUUUUUUUAACCCAGAAAAUCUUACUUUUAUUAUUUAACUGUCAUCCUUACUAUGUGUUUGAAGAUACUGAAAAAUGUUCAGAUGUAUAUAGCCUAACACCUACAUGAGGAUAAUCAAGUUUCAAAAGUCUAUCCUCAGUAUUUUUCUUUUAGUAGUUUUUCCUGUGUUAGUUUUGUGUAUGUUACUGUACAUAAAUCCUUUUCCUGGUUUAAUUCUGUAAUGGUAACCUUUAAUACAUCCCUGAACUUAAAGGGAUAUUCCGGCAUAAAAUUAAUUUAGUGUCAAACACACCGUAACACCUAGUUAGACCCCCCGCUGAGAGACGAAUGUUGCCGACCGCUUGCUUCUCUAGUUAGAUCAUGUUAUAUCAAAUACAAUCCAGCCACAAAACAAAUGGAACUAUUAGUCUGAUAUCAAACAUCCAUCUCCGGUGUUUGUUUGAAAAACUUUCCCUGUAUUUCCUUUUUUUUAUUGAGUUCCUGUUGAGAUCUUACUCUAGACUUUGGGGGAGGGAAGGGGUUUGGACAUCACUUAUCUCCCCAACAGUAACGUGACUCUCAGCUCGAGGACAGACCGAGAUGACAAACCAACUCCUCUGUAAAUCCUAAAACGAGCUCAUCUUUAUCUCCCACCGCUGGGCCGAGGUCGGUCGUCCUCAUUCAGUCAGCAGAUAACAGGCAGACGUUACCCACUCCGGCUGUGGACAAACACCUCCACUGCUUCCUGUGUUCCUGUGCCAGGCUCUCAGAAGGCUGAGGGAGUAGGAGGAGGGAGCUGCUGAUUGUUGACCACUUUUCCCUCUGAGACCUGCUGCAUCAAACAAACUGUCUAUCUCUACGUGACUCUGCACUACAACAUUUAUCAAAAACCAAAGAGGGGGUGGAUCAAAAUCUGAGACUACAAGGCUGAAGCUUUAACAAAGAGAGCAGCAAAUAAAUCAAAGCAGCUAACAUGAAUAAGCUAAUAUGCCAGUUAAAAUAUUAAAAUGGUAACACCAGAACUGCUCUCACUGAAAACACUUGAGCACAGACUUCUUGUAUGGCAAUAAAAUUCACAGAAAAACAUAUUUUUUUAAAUUAUUUUGGAUGAAAAAUCAAAAAGGCAGCAACAACACUAGUGCAGCAGAUAUUCAGCAGGAUCCACCUGUUGCUCAGAGAAACCAUUCCCUUUAUACUACAUAUGACUUUUUAUUGAAAGAAAUGUACAGCCUAAAUGCCAAGUUAUUGUUUUUUUUUUUCAAUUUAAAUAAGUCACAAAAAGCACAAAUGUAACACUGAAAGACUCAACAAACCUGACAAAAAACAAUGUGCUAUAUUGAAUCUAGAACUUUUUCUGCCUCAUCAAUAAGAGCCUGUAGUCGUAUGUGAGGGUUAAAGUUACACUUCCCUGCUUCAACAUUGAGAAAAUGUGCAGCAUAGGAUGUGUUUUCAUGAGGUCCAAAACCAAACAAGAUGUCCUUAUUCAAAAAUGUAGAUGACAGGGUAAGUAAAGACUGCUAUUUCCACAGGGGGCGCCAAAGCUGAGACAAACUGAAAGUUCCUCACAGGAGCUUUAAAUGAUCUCCACCUAAAGCUGUUGUGAUUUGUGCUCAAGCCCAAACGUUGAUGUAAUAUCUGGCUGAGGACCACAAGAUCAUCUCUGACUUUUUUGGUAAUAUUUAAAUAUGGGGAUGAUGUCUUUGUGUCCACAUGUGAUCUGGCGGUGUUUAAGAGUCCGAUCUGGUUUCAGUCUUUCUUUAAUAACCAGAUGAAGGCGUGUGUUAGUGUUUUUAUGACUGCUGUAAAAGGAGCAGCUUACUUUAUAUUUAGACGUGGAGAUGUAAUCUGCAGUCUGAAUCUAAAGUGGAUCCAGUCACUGAGUUUCAGGGAACAUUUUCUGACUGGAGAGUUGGAGGACGUCCAGUUUUCAUGUCAGAAAACUUAAAUUUAGUGCCGAGCUGCUGCUUGGCCCCCGUGCUGCACCACAAUGAGAGGAGAGGAGCUGUGAGUGGUCUGUUUACAGCUCUGUCUGAAGAAACAAAAAGGAGAGUGAGGCGUGGCUUACAGAGGUAUAAUCAUACAUUUAAAUCCUCACAGCAGGCGUCUUAUUUUAGUCUGGAGAUUUUUACUGUUCAGCUCGAAUCCGAUCCCUCUUAAAUGUGCCGACUGCUGCAAAACCUCCUCCUUUUGGUGCAUUUUUGUGGCAGCAGAUUUGUGCGGGACGUUAAACUUUCAGCUGAAUUUAUAAAAAGAGAAGUUGGGAGUCCAGCUCUGCCGCCUCGCUCCACAAACAGCCUCAGAAAUAACUCUGAACAAAUGUGCAGCAGAUGAUGAUAGCCUUCUGGAGACCGCUGGAUACAAUAUUUAGAAUCACCCGGUGUCCAUUUCCAUGGGGGAAGAGUUUGAUAUCAGACUGGGUUUAGUAGUUAGAGGGCAACAUCCAACUCUGGUUCACUGUCCCAGGAAAACAGGAAACACCUUGAUGAAAAAAGUCCUGUUCGAUGUUGCUGAAGUUUGAUCAAAAAUCUGAGAAAAGGGUUUUUCCAUCCACUCCUUAUGUGAGAUCUUUGUGAGAAAAUUGAAACAGUGGUUUGGGUCAGCAUUUGACUCUCAUUAGCUGCAGACUGUCCUUUAGUGAGCAGGUGAUUCUUAAACCUAUUUACUCACGUGGCAAAACAAUCUACAAACACAUAAGCAAAAGUGCCAAUGGGUUGUAUGUCCAACAAUGAAAACACAGACACUUUUUGGUCUUUAAUUUACACUCGUGAAGUUUUGAAAACUGGGAUCCAGUGUGUAAUACUUCUAAAACACUGCCCCUUCUGUCAGUAUGAAAACCAGUAACAUGUAGAUCUUGUGGAAACGGUGGAUUACAGCGCCAUUUGUACAUGUUUAUUACAUUCCCAGUUAUCUUCCUGUUUGAUUGUACUCACUGUUUUAUCGAACAACACCCUUAUUAACAUGUGUAUAAUGUUUCCAUGACAAAGUUACACUCUUAACAACUGUUUAUGUCUGUUUUCUUCAAUUUGGUAGAUGUCUCUCAGCUCCUGGUGCAUUUUAACAUCUCUAGUCCCCGCAUGUCGGUGAUUGGUUAUCUAUAAAUUACAUAUCUAACAUUUUGUGUUGUUAAUAACUUAAUUCAGAGUAGUGUGGAAAAUUACUGCUUCUUACAGAUGCUGACAGAAAAUCAGGUUUUUGUUGCAUUUUCAACAAGAGGUGAAAUCAUAAACUCUGACUGAAACCUUUACGCCAGUUGGCUUGAUAUAAAGUCUAGUUGUCCUUGGCAACAGAAAGCAUGUCAGUUUAACAAAAUCAAAACUUGAUAUAAGUAUAAUGAUAAGUGAUAAUUGUUUUUGAAUAUGUAUGAUAAAUUACAUAAUUGAUGGCAACUUUAAUAACGACUAAUUUUUUGAAAAUAUGAAAAACGUCUUCCUGUUUUUGAUGGCAUAUAUGUAGAAAUCCAAUCAAUUUACAACCAAAUAAAAUCAUUCAAAUAAAAAUUUGUAUUUGUUCAUUAGGGUUUACUUGUGUGUAUGUAAUCUAUAAAAAUAACAUAAUAGAGGAUUUGAAAAUCCAUUUGAAGUUUCCAUCUCAGUGAGGAUAGAGGAGGUAAGGAGGCAUGAGGAGAGGAUAAUGAGGCUUCAGCGCUAACUCUCAGGGUUUCUUGCCGCGCGCGGUCUUGCAGUCUUCAGAGUUGUAAAGAAGAGACUUUUAAUGAGCAGAGAUGGUUUCCUCACCCAGCUGUGUUGUUUAGUUUGUGUCUGGGUUUUUAAUUUUUGUCUGAUUUAUUCCCAUUAAUUAUAAAAUCCAGGUCAUUAUCAAAGCAGCGCUGCAAACCCAGAGGGGAAGCCUGCUGUGUUUCCCCGAGUUUUUAAACACUUCAAAAGCCCCAUUGUUGUGGGGGAGGGGCAGCAGAGGUUAAUUUUGGAGGAGCAGGGGCACUGAAACUUUUGAGAUGACACACUAAAGCUGAGUCUGAGGGCUGAAGAGAGGACUUCCUGCUGGUUUACGAUACUUGUUUCAUUGGAGUGAAUUGGACUGAUAAGUAAAUAUUAUCUGGAAUGCUAGUUUUGGUUAACCAAUCCUAAACUAGAGUGGCAGGCAGAAUCCUCAAGCAGAACCAGACACAGCGAGUGUCAAAUCGUGGUCAAACAUGACAAGAAUAAAAAUAUAUGGCAGACCAUGAAAGUGAGUCAUUGAAGGCAACUUAGCUCACUAGUACAACCUCUGUGGUUGAAAUUUUUGUUCAUCUUUUCCAGUGCGAUUGUGGUGUGUCUUACUGAACACAAACACUUGCGUUGUUGCCAUGAACCAACCAUCAACCAGGAAAUAUGAACCAUGCCUGGUAUUCAUGAUUCAGGUCAGGUGAGCUCUGAUUGUCUUCCACACAAAUCAGGAGGGGAUGAGAAAUCACUCUCAUCUGUAACCACAGGAUAAUCUGGCAAGAUAAUCUUUUGAACUUUGCUGACUUUUGAUUAAAAAAAGGUAGUUGGGCCCAAAAUUGGUUUAUCUUUUCAUGUCAACCCCACCUACGAGUGUUUCCAGUCCAACUUGACACUCUCAGCCUCAAUCAAAACAGCAUUUAGUAUAUGAUGCUUCUAGCUCAACUAAAUACCAAACAAGACAAUUCUCAGAUUGCUGUGGUGGCAGCUUUUUCAUUUCAGGUUGCUCCAUGUUAAAAUACAGCAGUGGUUCUCAAGUCCAGUCCUCGAGGCCCCCUGUCCUGCAUGUUUUGGAUGUUUCCCUGCUCCAACACACCUGAUUCAAAUGAUCAGCUCAUUAUCAAGCUCUGUAAUGGCUUAGUAACGAGCUGAUCAUUUGAAUCAGGUGUGUUGGAGCAGGGAAAAGAUCCAAAACAUGCAGGACAGUGGGCCUCGAGGACUGGACUGGAGAACCACUGAAAUACAGUUUUGUUGUCAUUUUUUGACCCCAAAGACACUAGGAAUCCCAAAUUCAGAUCAGUUAAAGUUAUAGUUUAAGACCAUAAACUUCUCAGAAAAUGUUCAUGGGGGUGAUAAAUUAAGUGUGAAGGCCACUCAUUUUCCCAUGGACUUACAUGUAAUGGGACCACAUGAGCUAACCCAGAAGCAAAAUUAAAGAGUGCAUCAGCUUCUCCUUCCAGACUCUAGAAGCUACAUACACCUCCUGUCCACAGUCUUUUGUGGGAAAUAGUUUCCCUGUCUCUUCCUGAUUCUCCUGCAGAAAUGAGCUGUUUUAAAGCAGCUUCCUCUGGUCCUUAAAGUCUGAUUCAGAGACACCACUUCCCAGCAGGAAUCAUGUGACCGCAGAAACAUUUCAGUAACUGGGUUAGCGAGUGCUGAACUGGUUUACAUGACGUGCCUCUGCACAGAUCUCUGAUUGUGUGAUGAUUCAGAAGCAGCAGUCUGACUCUGAAUGCAACGCUGUGACUUCCACUGCAGAGUCAGUGACCGUGGAUUUAUAAUGACAUGCUGAUUAGGCACGAGCUGUGCCACCACUGUACCGAACAGAGCCCCGCCUGUCAGAAGGACUUCACAGUUUGACAUGCCAGUGAGUGGGAGGCAAUACAAGGACAGGCUGCUAAAAGGUCUCACCCUGAGACCUUUUCCAAACUCUGCCUCUUGAAUAUUCUCCAUAUUUUUCUCUGACAUCAAGCUCAGGGUGGGGAAACUCUUUGUACUUCUGAUGUGUAUUUCUGUUGUGAACCUUACAUAUGCAAAAAAAGUUAGGAGGAUGCUGUGUAAAAUAUUACUCUAAUGGUUUGCAAAUCAUUAAAUCUUAUGAUAGAGUAAUAUAGAGCAAAGACAACUUAACAGGAAAAACACUUUAUUUUUAUAAUAAACAAAUAUAUGCUCAUUGUGAAUGAGAUGCCAGAAACGUGUUAUAGGAAAAUGCAUCUCCUAACUGAUUAUGUUAAUUUCUAAAAAGUGGCCUGAGUAUAAGAAGCACAUGUCAGAAAGGCUGAGUCUCUCUGAAGGAAAAGAAGGAAGAAAUUCACCACUCUGUGAGAGACUGCGUGAGCAACAGUUUAGGAUUUCAUCAUCUGCAGUACAUAUGCUGCGUUCCAGUUACCUCUGAGCUGGGAAUGACGUUACACCAGAGUUGACGGCGUUCCAGUUAAGAAGUCGGAAAACCAAGAAGGAAACGCUUACUAUUUGCUGUUGUUAGUUGUUGUUAACAAUUGUCAGCUAUCGUUAGCAGUUAUCAGCUGUUGUUAGCGGUUGUUAGUUGUUGUUAGCUAUACCAGUUGUAAACAACGCAUAACACAGUAUUUUACUCUUACAAACACCAUAGCACCGUGUUCACAGUUAGAUGUUGGGCAGUAAAACAUACACCACUUAUUUAAUUUCAUAAAAACAAAACAGAAGUGCCAAUAAAUAAUAAAUUAUGAGAGCUUUCACUGUUACUCUCUACUGUUGAUGCACUGCGCUGCCAUCUUGGAUUAUGACGUCGUCAUCAAGUCGGGGUUGGUGAGGAUUGUCCGACUUUCCAAGUCAGAAAUCCAACUUCAGGGGGGUGUUCCAGAUGAAUUUCCAACUCGGAGUUCGGAAAUCCUGACUUCCGAGUACAACUGGAAUGCAGCAAUAAUAUCAUUCAAAAGAGACAAGGCAGAAAACCAAUACUACACAGCUGUGACCUGCAGACUUUCAGGUGGCACUGCAUUAAAACAGAUGUGAGCCUGAAGUGGAAACCACCGCAUGGACUCAGACUCACAAACAAAAAAACAUUAUCAGUCAAAACAGGUUUUAUUCUAUUAUUAUUCUUUUUGUAAAUCCCGGACUCCAUGUCCUCCGCUCUUUGCUAGACACUACAAUUAGCUGUUGUCUGAUAAUUCAUAGCAGGUUAACAUAACACAUGCCAACAACCCUGGACAAAACAAAACAUUAUAACAGCAUUCGAGAUCACAAGCCUGAGGGUUACGUCAGAGGAUGAAUGGCCUCUGUGCAUAUGGUGAAUGGAGGAGCAGAGGAAGAAGAGGAAGCAAAGAGACUUUGUGUGUCAGAGGAUCAAAGAGCUGUUGGGUUUAUUCUUUAUUGUCUCUUCAGCAAAUCAUCACAUGACCCAAACCCAAAAGGUCAAACCAGGGUCAAAGGCUAAUGAAGCUUCCUCAGGAGGUCCAGCAGAGAGACGGGAAAGCAGGAUUUAUGAUCAGGUGUCUCUGCAGGACACAUCCACAUACCUCCUUCCUGACACUAGCUGGAUUUCCACCAGUGAUACCAGAGCAAAGGGAGGAGUCUCCAGACUGGUUCACCUUGAGUGGGAAACAGUCUGAUAUCCCGUACUGCAUAUUAGAUGAAACUGUUUCAAUAAUGUUUGUUUAAAAGACUGAGUUCUAGGAUGGUUCUCUCUCAGAUGAACAGUGUUUCCCGUCCAGCUUUAAAUGACUCAGUGUCAUGUUUAUCUCACCAUGUUAAUCACUGCCUGACGGUUUUUCAGACAUCUACAUGCAAACCCCUUUACUCUCCGCUUGAACAAUGCCAAGGGUAUGAAACGGGCAUACGCUUUAUUUUGAAGUGAAAAACUGUUUCUUGUUUUUUUUUCUGAUUCUGUUUCGACUUUGCGGCAGGCUGUUGGCUUGAUCCAUGAAGUAUAAGACAAAGUCUGAGAUAACCAAAAGGAAUCAGAGUGUGAUUUUUUUGUGUUUUUUGUGUGUUUCAGAGUUGCUGGGCUCCACCAAGAGACUGAAUGUGAACUACCAGGACUCAGAUGGGUGAGUAAUGAAGCCAACACUAUAAAGAGACAUUUUCUGCUCUGUGUCCAGUCAUUACUCUGCUCCCUGUUCGCCGAUAAAACUGUUUCCACUCUGCAAUAACUUCUGCAGAGGCUGAAAUCAGAGCCGUCAGCAGAUAAGUGAUGUGAGAAUCAAAACUUCGUCUUAGUUUUGACCCUGAGCCGUGCACACUGCAGUCUGUUCUCUCACUUUCACGAUGCUGACUGUUUAAAUCUGUUGUAGCUCAUUACCCUGCGAGGAAUAAACAAAUGAAGACAGUUAUGUGGCUCCUUAUCAAUAUUUCUCUUUGUUCAGAGUUAUUAUUAUCCUGCGUACCAGUGUUUCCUCUCAUCCCCCUUCCUCCUGACUCACCAGUUGCAUGUUUUGCUUCCCUCUCUUUCUUUUCUUUUGUAAAUAUAUUGAUUUUUUUUGCAUUAUGUAUUCAAACCAAAUGCAAAAUUUAGAAACAGAAAUAAUAACAUUGAGACAGAGUGCAAGACAAUGGGCAAGAAACAUCUUCAGGUUCAUGUGAGGAUUGAGGAAACUUCAAGAAACAGACUGGAGAUGAACUCUCAGUCUUUAUACAGGGUUUGCUGAUAGAAAGAAAGUGUCUCCUGUCGGAUCCCAGCUCAUCAGUUUGUGAUUUAAUGACCUGCUGCUAAAACAACUCUGAGCCUUUUCAGCUCCGAGUCCACAUUGUUGUCCGAACAAAGAGGGACGACGCACUGAGAGGCCGUAAACCAGCAGAUCCAGGGACACUGAGGAGCACUACAUCAGUCUCGAGACGUCCUCAAGAGUUGGACUCCUUUGUUGGCCUCUUGGAGGGCAGAGGGUGGCGGCACAGAGGUCAGAGGUCAGGGUGAGGAGGCCAGACCGCGACCGAUUAGAUAGGAGUGUUUACAAAGAGGCUGGAUGACUUAAUGCGGCUCUGACAGCAGAAACAUCUGAAGAAUGAGUCAGGGAGAAGUUCACAGAGCCGAGGUGGUGAUACCAGGAGUCAGUUAGGCCUAUUAGUACUUUACUACAGGGAGUCUGUCUAUCCAGAGAACAUAAACAAUGCUGUGGACACGAACAACACACAAAAACAAUACCCUGAACACUUCACAAAGAAGAGACUGAGAAACAAGAGUUCAUGUGAAACUUCUGAAGUUGGAGCGCUGGAACAGAAGCUCAACUUUCAACGACUAAAACUGUUCAACAGAGCUGAUUCACACCCAGGACUGCAUCUGCUAGAUGACAGAAGCAAGUGGUGCUGGAUCCUGUUGUCCCACUCGGGCUGCCGUACCACACCUCUCGGAUCCUCCCAUAAAACAAGCAGCUGUUGACCGACUCCAGAGUGAACUACGCUCACGUUCUCGUUUAUGUGUUGAUAAAUGAGCGGCGUAGUUCACUGUUCGCCAAACUCUGAGCGUUCAUUGAACUGCAGGUUCAUCACCUCAUUCCUUUGCUGGUUACGCUAUCCUCCGCUUUAGGGGUGAAACAGCCCACAUACAACUUAAUCAUGUUUUUCUAGAUCAGAAUAUUCACAAAUAUAUUACAACAAUAAUCGUUACACAUAUAAGUUGCACUGAAAUGAUGUACCAUCUUAUUAGUGCAGUACAUAAAAAUAAUAUAAUACUGGUUAUUUUCUUCUUCCUGUACAGUUUUUAUUUGAAACAUAAUGGAAAAAGUGUAUUUUAUACUUUUUCUUUAAAGUCGUCAUAUUGGAGAACAGAUUUUUCAUGUAGCGUCUGAGCUAACGUAACGUUAGCGUCAUCUUACAGGAAAUUUUGUCACUGAGGUUUUUAGGUUUUAGGACAUUUCUUUUUUGAAAUGUCACUCUCUGGCUCUUAAGUGUGAAAUGUUUGAGGACAGCGUUAGCAUGUCUGAACUUUAAUUGGUGCUUUUUCCUUUGUGUGUGUGUGUGUGUGAGAGAGUAUGUGUUUUGGGGCUAAUAGCCUCCUCGGGGAGUCGGGUCUCAGGAAGGAAAGGGUUUUUUAUUAUUCAUCAGAGCUGCUGGCGGCUCGCUGGGAGAAGUUGUGCCUCUGCUGCAGUUAUCACAGCGCUGCAUCUUAACACAACAUCUCCAACACACAACUUCCCACAAUCCUCCUCAUUAGUCCCUGUCAGACAGCGUCUGCGUUUCUCACGAGUUAAGUGUUUGUCUGUUUGUUGUUGUUUUACGUGUUUCGUCAGACGCUCUAACAAGAGGUUUCUGUGAUUCAGCUGAAGUGCAGAAAACUUUAAAUCUGUUAAUCUGAUAAUUUAGUUUCACCAGGUUUCAAUGUGAUGAUGGAACAUGCAGUCUCAUUUGAAGUGGAGUUGGUGUUGAGUUGCAGCCUGAGGACAUCUGAUCGAAUGAGUCAAGGAUUUAUCUAUUUAAAACAGCCGUCGAGGAGACUGAUGGAGUAGGUGUUUCAAAAUAGUUGACAGCAUGGACCACGUCCAAAUAUGAAGCCUCACCGAGAUUUCAAUUCUUUCUUGAGAGACACAAACACACAAAUGACAGAUUGCACCUAACUUUUUGCUGAAAUGAAAGUAGAUAUACUAAGAUUUGACGCAUUCUGACUCUGUAAAAGUUCUCAGAAACUUUUUGUCUUUAACAUAAAACUUAAUAAAGGGUUAGAGUGGGAGGGGACGAGUCGGAAACACGGCAGAGAGGUGUGUCGAAUACAGCAAGGUGAUUGGAUGGAGAAGCAGAGCGGGAGAUUGACCAAUAGGAGCUGUCCAGGAUGGAUGGCUCCCAUUGGUCAGUGUUUAUGCAGUCUUGCACCUGCUAAGGUGAACAGAUUUUUUCCUUUCUUUUUUCUCUUCACUUUGUGGAGAUCGCACUAUAGUACAAUGAUCGCCAUAUAAACGGGGUUCAUAAUAAUUACCACUCUCUCCAAUCAUCAACCAUGCCUUUAAAUGCAGCCUAAUGCAUUAGCUAUAUCUGUGAGUAUGUGUGUGUGUCACUGUGCAGAACUCGAUCCACAUGCAGAUAAAAACUCCUCUGUUAUUAAAAUGAAACAUUUCCUGCUGCAGCUCUGAGCCCUCUGUGUUUUCUUUUAAUUCUUUCAUCCGAUCGUUUAUCUCUCCAGAGGCUUCCUAAUCUCUGGUUCAGCAUCUUGUUGACAGACAGCCCUCUGAAUAAGUGAGCAGCCACGUCGGUAACACUCAGAAAUGAUUCACAGAAGGAGAACAGAGCUGGAGGUUAUGUUUAAUGAAACAGAACGGCAUCUAGCACGCCUCGCCAAAACUCUUGUCUCAACAAAAGCUGACAUACUUUCCUCCUGGCUCAGAGACAAUUAGCCGAGUUUACAUCACAGAUUCUCCAACCGUGGGGGUCUGCCGCCCCUCCUGUCCAGGUGUGCGCAGACCUGCAGUCUUUCACUCUUAUCAGGGGGAGUUUAUUCCUGUAAAGAGAGAGGAAAAGAGAAACUGAGGAAGGUGUGGUGCUGAAAACACAUAAAUCAUUGUUAUUAAGGGCAUGUUAGUGUUUGUGCAGGUCGACCAUUCACCACCCGGAUUUUGUGUCUAUAUUGACAUGCAUGCCUCAGUGUUUGCGGAUGUGUGUGAGAAAGAGAGAAACAAACACACACAGGGUAUAAAGGAGGCUUCUUUCUGCUUCCCUGUGUGGCAAAUUAGUAUUUGAGUCUGUGCCGGCUCCUUAGCGGUCUGUUGGCUCGCUGUUUGGACGUGUUUCUAUGGAGAGCAGAUCUGGAAUGAGUCCCUGAGAGCUGCUGUGGUGAUGGUGGGAGAUCUGCCCCUUUGUGCGGGAGGAGAGACCCCAGACUCUCAAAGGUCGUCUCCCUCCUGAAGCGGGUGAAAAAACAGUGUUGCUGCAGGAUAGUCAGCUGAUAUUUCCCAGUUAGAGUUUGUUUGUGAUUCCCAGAGUAACACUUGUUAUCUGUUUCUGGUGAGUCUCAGUUUUACAGUAAAGAGAAAGUUUCCCGAAGGCCUGAUUCUCGUUUACUGAAGUACUUUGAGUCUGAAAAGAAGCGUGUUUUUUUCCUACAUCAUCACUUAAUGGUACCUCACAUCUCCUAGAGGAGUACGUUUCCUAUUGCUAAUAGGUCUCAGUCUCACUAUAAAUAAAAAGUUACCUUAGGCUUUGUUCACGCUUAUUUUAGGGUUUUGUGUUUUCAAAAAAAUUAUGUCCUCUUUAUCACUUCUUUGCAUCUCACAACCCAAGAGGAAUGCAUGUUUAUCCAAGUAAGUCUCAGUUUCACAGUAGGAAGUUUCUGAGAGGCUGCACUUAAGAAUGUCAUUCUGGAAAAGGAAACAGAUUUUCUUACUCAUCUUUGUAUUUUAUAUCUUCAGUCAUACAUGUUACCUGUUUUUUAUAAGUUUCAAGUCAACACCCCCCCCCCCCCCCCCCCAAUACAUUUUGUUGGUAUAGAACAACUCACAGAGGAUAAUUGUUCAUCUGUCCCAUUGAGUCUCAGUUUCACUGUAAACGGUGACUAACACAGUGGCUUCACACGGGCUUACUGAAACAGUGCAAACCUGAAAAUAAAGCUCAUUUUCUUCAUCUGUCACCUCUCAGUUCAGUCUCAGUUUAGCUGUAAAUAGAAAAUAAAGGAUAGGUUUCACUUUAUGUCAGAAGCAUGAAUCCAGCAAAGAAACUGAUUUUGCUUCCUGUUACUUCGUUGUGCCUAUUUAUUUGUUUUGCAUCGUUUUAGUGGAUUGUGUUCUGCAGGCUUUUGCUCUCGCAUGUGAUUGGUCAAUACAAACAAACCAGAUCACCUCCUGUUUCAAAAUCUCAAUACAACUUCUUCUAUGAUUUAAGCAUCUUUGAUUUGAGGGUCUUUGUCAGCAGGGUUUAGGGGCUCUGAUCAUCAGAUUAUUUAUCUGACUCUUGAGUUUAAUUCUUUGUUCGUCAGACAGGCUGCCGAUGUUACAGUCAUCCUCCUCUCUUCACUCUCAGUCUCUCUUUGUGAUCCAUCCAUUAUGUUUGGAGCUGCCCUCGGCCUCUGUCUCUUACCGACCCAUAUGAACACCAUCGCUUAUAUUACACAACUGAAAGAAAAGAUGAAAGAGCACCACUAAAAACAGCCCCCCAUCCUCUCUGUCUUUAUUCUUUCCUCCUCUAAUGUUUCUGCCUGCUUUAUUUACAGACAACCACAUGUAGCCUGUAGCUUUAUUUCCUCUUUGCUGUGCCUCACAUGUGGGGGGAGGAUGCUGGGAUGGAUGGAUGUGGUGCAUGUUGAGGUUUUUAAAGGGGCUGGAAAUUAAUUAAUUUUCCUUAAAAGAGUCCUAACAGGGUUUUUCUUAAUAUAGUGUUUGAUUAAGUAACUUCUCUUUCAACACAGUGAUGCUAGAGGAAAAUUGGCAGACAUUGGUAUAUUUAGCUCAAUAUCAAAAAAGUUUGGAAGCAGUAUGUUUCUAUUUAUAGUUCAGCAUCAUCUUGCUGAAAUAUGUUGUUCCAAAACCUGUAUGUGUUGUUCAGCAUUAAUGGAGCCGUCUUUAUUAUGUCACCUACCCAUGCUGUGGACACUUAUGAUCCCUAUACCACCAGGGAUGCUAGCUUUUAUACUGUUAGACGAAACCAAGGUGGAUGGUCCCUCAACACUUUGUAGGUAUUUCUGUAAUGACUGCCUCGAUCAUUUUGAAGGGAAUUAGCACCAUCAAACUUCUUUCAAUUGACCCUAAGACAAUCAUAGGAUUUCUGGUCAACCACUCCCUGAAUUGGAUGGGUUUUUUGAUGAGUAUUUACCAUUUAUAACACUAAAGCAGCAUAGUAUAACAAAAGCUGACAUAUAAAACAGUAGGAAUGAAUUAGCAUCGUCUGUUCCGGUUUUGGCCAAUAAAGUCUGAUGGUUUUCAGUCAAGUGAUUAAACAGUUGUUACUGGUUGAAUAAUUAAAAAUUCUAGGGGUGUCCCGAUACGAUAUCUAUAUCGGAUAUCGGUUUCUAUUUCAGCAAAAAAUCGAAUUUCGGAUUAUAUCAGCCUGCAUCUAAAAUUUCCGAUAUUAGCAAUCCGAUACAAGCAGUCCAUUCCAGACUCUACUCCAGCACUUUUAUCUAGCAGCACAUGGAUCCAGCAUGUAGAGCCCACGUCAAACAAAGUACCAAGGAGUAGGAGUGAUGUCGGCCCUGUGGCAGUAUUUUUCAUUGAAGUCUGAAAAAACAGUUGCAGCUGAGGGAAAAACUUGUCAUGCACAAGUUUUUGCUAAUAUCAAGUCAAUAUCGGUAUCGGCCGAUGUUGAAGGCUACAAUAUCAGUAUCGUAUCGGAGAUUAAAAAAAAGUUGUAUCGGGACACCCCUAAAAAGUUCCCUCUUUUACUUGCAUUUGUGAUUGCUUUCAUGAUACACAAUUAAUAACCAAAUAUAUGGGAGUCACCAAGUGAGAUAUCUGUCUGGCAUUUAAUACAUAAUCUAAGGGUUAUUAAAGUACUCCAGUUUUGUGCACUUCAUUGACACAGUUUUUCCUGCACAGUUAAGUUCUCCAGACAAAGUUUUAAUGCACGUUGUUUUGAUUGUGAUUUUUAACUAGAUUGAAUGUUUUGAUAGGACUUCAGUUCAGUUGACGUAAAAAAUGUCCAUCAUUGAGUUUAUUUCCAGGAAGCAGUGGCUCAGUUUGUCUGAGGGCGUGUCCGACGUAGACGUAGAGAGGUCUUUCCAGGUGUUGUUGUCGACCUGUAGCUGCAGGUCCGUGUUUGACUCACGUGGAAACACAAUGAUGUUUCUCUACUUCCGUUCAUGGAGACGGCGAGUUCAGGCACACCUCAGAUCAUCCUACACUCACGUACACAAACACACACACACACACAGGCCCAGACAAACACACACAUUCUUAGCUAAAAAUGUCCUCAGUUUAAUCUAACCUUAAUUACGGGUGAUAACACGAGCUAAGACUGAAAACUUCAUCCUAGGAGGCCUCUCAGCAGCACUGAGUAAACAUUUAACCAGCUCUUACACACAUUUAUAAACAUCUCAGAAGUGUAGCAGAUGUUUUUCUCCUCCAAUAUUUCAACCACUUGCUUUUAUUUCUCUCAUGAGGCACCAGAGAAGCUGGAAUUAUCCAUUUAAGGGCAAACUGGAAGAAGCUCUGUUAAAGAAGCAUGCAUUUCACAGUAAAAUGUGUUUAUUGUGCAGAAAAUGUAAAAUAUUUAGCUUAAGUGGAAAAAUUAUACUGCACCGGGGGAAAAAAAACACACUUUUAUUUAUCGAAGAGCACCAGGAUUUUUGGAUGUUUUAGAUAAAUCGCUCCACCUGCUGAGAAACACUUCAUCAUCUUCACAUUAAGGAGUCUUUAAACCGUCGUCUGACAGUCUCUCCAUCACUCACUGAGCUCAGCGUCAGUCCAUGCCGAUGAUUAUGAAGCUGCAGACAUCUGACUCUAAACUUUUUAAAUAAGUUCUUGCAGAGAGGCAGCGAGGAAAUAACAGAAGACAGUUUAAACCAUGAGGGCUUUCCAUGUCUUUUGCUCUAUUCUCUUCACAUCUGCUUCAAAUCUGGAGUCACUUUUAUAUAUUUUUAAUCAAGGAGCCGCAGACGCCUCUGGCCCCCAGUGUGAGGCAUCUGUUCAGCCUGAAAAACCGGGGAUAAAGAGAAAUGAUACAUCUAUUCAUCACAGACACGCACACACGCACGCACGAAUUCAGAUCAGGUCAGGUUCAAUGAUGUAAAGUUGAAGUGAGAGUCUUAAAGUCACCAAACUGAUCAAAGGUAAAAGAAGAGGAGGAGGAAAGAAAGAGGGUAAAGAGGAAAGGAGAUAUGAGUGAGAGAAGAGGGUGAAGGAGAAAAGGUAGAAAGGAAAGUAGAGAGCAGAGGGGAUGAGGGAUUAAGAGGAUGAGAGAUGAGGAAGAAGACAAAAGAAUAAAUGAAGAAACAAGGGUGAAGAGACGGCGAGAUGAUGAAAAAGACUUGGAAAAGAGGGUGUGAGGGAAAGAUGAGGAGGAAGAGGAUAAAAAGGAUACAACUUAGAAGAGGAGAGCGAAAAGGAGGAAUAAAAAGAGAGGAGAGAGUUGGAAGAAGCAGGGAGGACAAAGACAAGGAGUAACAGGAGGAAAGAGGAUGAAGAGGUGAAAAAGAGGAGUGCAGAGGAUGAAGUUCAUCAGUUCAUAUAAAGUUUUACUUCUUCAGUUUCUGUCUCAUAAACUGUGUGUGUGUGUUUUAUACACGUUUGAAUUAGAUGAUCUUGUUUAUAGAGUCAUGUUAGGACUUUAAUCACACACACAAUUUCAUACAUGCUCGGAUGUGGGGACUUUGAAUUUCUCCACUGUGGGAUGAAUAAAUGUUUGUCUUAUCUGAAGUGUUUGAGGUGAAAUAUUUCUCUUUAUAAACUCGUCAUGAUUGUUCAGGGUCUUCUGACUCUCUCUCUCUCUCUCUCUCUCUCUCUCUCUCUCUCUGUCUCUCAGGUUUUCAGCUCUUCAUCACGCCGCUCUCACUGGUACCACAGAGCUGUUGUCUGCUCUGCUGGAGGCCCAGGCCACCGUGGACGUCAAGGACAGCAACGGUUAGUCACACCCGCAAAUCACUGUGUUUGAUAAUUUAUCAAUGAGAUGAAAUGAAGACAUAUCAGAGGGUGUUGUGUCUCUUUUUAGAUCAUAAGUCGCUAAUUUAAACCAAAUAUUCCAGAUUUAAGUUGACUAAAUCUUGUUGUGCGUGUUUGAUGUGUGCAGGAAUGCGACCGCUGCAUUACGCCGCCUGGCAGGGGAAGGCUGAGUCGGUCCUGCUGCUGCUUCGUGCCGGAGCCUCAGUGAACGGCGUCUCUCUAGACGGACAUAUUCCUCUUCAUCUGGCUGCCCAGUAUGGACAUUACCAAGUGGUCAGUUCACCCCUAAUACUCCGUUGUGAAAAACUUCUCAUGAGGAAUUAUUUGAGAAUUUGAUCAUGAUAUGAAGUCCUAUGAGUUAAUAAUCAAGUUAGAGGAGAAAAGAGUUUUGAACAUGAGAGAAAGGUCUUAAUAAACACAAAUCAACAAAAAUACACAUCAUAAACACACAAGAAAAAAAUUGUACAUCUACAGGAAUAAACCUGUAAAUAAGCCCGAUUGAAGCUGUAAAUUUAUGAGAGUAAAGUUGUAAUUUUACAAGUCAUAAUUACAGGCUAUGGUCGCCAUAUAAAAGUCGAUUGAUAUUUAUGACAUUUUGGUGGCGAUGAGCUGAAGUCUGAGUAUUCGGUUAUUUAUUGAACUUUAAUGAAAGUCUAACUUAAAAAUAUGUUCCACACUCCUUGAUUUAGCACAGACGUCUGGCUGCUCUUCCCCUAAAGUUAACUUGUGGGCUAACCAAACACCAAAAUUAUGACUUUUUACCUCUUAAUUUACAGCUUUGUUCUCAUGAACUUGAAAACUUGAAGUCAGAAUAUCAUUUUUUCCCCUCCUAAUACUCUGUUGUGAAUAUUAAGUGUCAGCUCUGUUUUGUCCGUCAAUAAGAGGGCUUAAAAUCAGAUCUGCUCUCUAACAAACAAACAAACAAACUCCAGACUGUUGGAUUUUCACUAAGUGGUAUUUCUCAUUUUUCUGCUGUAAGGGGUCACAGGGUUGAAUGAAUCCCUGGUGUGUGAUUGGAUUUGAGUGGAUUCAGACGGUGGUGAUGAGGUGGAUUUUGAUAUUUUUUUAAAGGUUGGAGGGGUGUAAUUAGUGACCCUGUUUGUGUUGUUGUCUGUCUCAGCUGAACAGAUGUGAGGGAUGUUUUUAUCUGAUGAAAUGAACACUGCUGAGUUUUUUUAUUUUAAUUUUUUAUUAAUCCUGAGGGCAGAUUUGAGAAUGGAGACACACACACACUCACGCACACACCCUUCUGUUGUGUGUCAGAACAGGAUUAAGAUGAAUGUAGGUGAGUGAGUCAAAUGAUCUGUUUUUAUCCUCGCCCCCCACUGAGAAAGACUUUCAGACACUUUAGUCAGAUUUAACUGUCCAUGUUUUACCGUCUCUUUGUUUACAUCAGACUGAGAUUUUUAAAAGCUUUGAUUUGAUUGCGGGAUGCUCUUUUAACCAGGUCAAUCAAAUUAAAGUGUUUAUACAUUAUAUUAACUGCUCCUGAUGGCUGAUACACCCUUUUUUUAACACAUCAUGAUAACGUAUCAUUUACUCAUUCAACCACACCUCACAAUGUGAUCAUCUGUCACCUCGGCUCGAUUAGCAUACUACCUUUUAUCCUGCUGAUUUCAACAUGAAUUUCAACGUUGAAUUAUGAUUUUUAAGUUAUCGGACUUGAAUAGGAGAGGAGUUUUGAAGGUAGGACUCCUCUUGAAGAGGAGUCCUACAGCAGUUUUUUCAAGCUGCAGACAGUUAAAGGUUUUAAAAUUGGGCUUAAUUUGAUGCACAAUACUGAUGUGUUUGGCCAAAGUGGUUGAACUAACCUUUGCAAGAAAGGAUUUUGCAACAUAAACUGCAUUUCACUUCAUCUCUGUCCUCAGCUUUGGUAGAACGUAGCCACACUUUGGACCUCUUCACAUGUUUGGCCUUGAGUAACGGACAGAGCUCGCUUCUUUUUAUCCUUUUGGACUCAAGACGACUGAGUCAUAAGUUGAAAUACACUUUGUAGCAGCUAGACCUGUUUUCACAGAGAUGCAAAUCCCAGCAGAGCUCUUACUUGCCGACACCAAACUUGGUGAGCCAAGAGCACCACCUUACCCGAUCGCUGUGCAUUAAACAUUUACACCUGCUCUGAAAUGAGGAGGAGGUGCUGCUUUUUGAUAAGUGUGCAGCAAGCAGCAAACCUGUAGUCUUGAGAGAUGAAGCAGAUGUGCCCACUUGAGGCUGACUGCAGAAGCACUGGAAACCACCACGAAGCAAAGAAAGCAGCUUUUAGAGCCAAAAUAAUGUUGCAGUGUGCAGUGAGUGAAUUUGAGGAGUGGUUACAGACUUAAAAACACUGUUUCAGUUUGUUACUGAACUAAAACAUUCAUCGAUUUUUCGUUUUAACGGACUGAAUGUUCGUUUAAACUCAGUCCGAUCUUUUUGUAAACAGUCUGCUGUAAUAGACAGUUUCAGAGCUCCAGAUUAACUCUGAGAGGAUCAAACUGAAAUCACCUCCUUCAUCUCUGUAAAUCCCUCCUGCAGGGUCCCCGCUGAGCCGCGAUUAUAACACACAACUGUCUUUGUUUGUGCAGCCAGUGUGAGCUCAGAGUGUGUCCCAGAUUACAUCAUCUGAUUGGCCGAGAGAUAGUGAAAUUUAACACAAGUUUCUAGCGUCAACAGAGCACACAAAACCGCUGAGAGCCAAGACGAUGACGGCACUUCUGCAGGUGUUAGAUCUGCUCGAAAUCUGCAAACGCUGACAGAGAUUCAGUUUCUCCCCAAUUCAUGCUGGGAUACACCAAUACACAACAAACUAAGGGGUUAAAUCUGACUAAAAGUGUCAGGUAUUAGCCAAAAAGCUUUAUAAUUAUCAAUGAAUAACAACAAUUGACUGUGAAGCGUAAGAACAGCUGCCAAAAAUGAUUUAGAGUAUGAUCAUUUUACGUAUGAAGAUUAUUUGUCAUAUCAGUUCCCUGAAUAAUCUUUGUGAACUUUGUUGGACAUGAAGAAAUAUUGGUUACUCGUCUUGUCGUUUUAGCUGUAGGAAUCUGUUUUUUUAUCUCUUGUAGUGUUUGUAUUCAGCAAGAAGUAAUGUUGUGUGUCUGUUUGUGUGUUUUUUUUGGUCAGUCUGAGAUGUUGCUGCAGCAUCAGUCAAACCCUUGUCUCGUCAACAAGGCCAAGAAGACUCCUCUGGACCUGGCCUGUGAGUUUGGAAGAGUGCAGGUGAGCAUUUAUAUACUUCAUUCACCCUUUGGUUACAUGUUUUAAGCCUGAUUUAAUCUCCUCAGAUCAAUCUAAAGAUGUAUUUGCAUCAGGAAAGUGAAGAAUUUAUCAAGUAUUGAGUAGUUGAUUGUUAAAAAUGCACUUAAACAUGCAUAUUAUUAUUUGACUUUCUUUCAAAAAAGAGAUAAACAAAGUGUUGUCUCAUAUUAUAUUGAGCUAUUAGGUUUAAAGCAUGUGUUAAUGCAAAGCAGUUAGUUUAACUGAGCCGAGAUGCUCAGUUAGGAGCUGCGGCUUUGCACCACGUCUCCAGCAACCUCUACAAGCGAAAACAACACAUGGGUCGAGGACUUUUUGCAGAACAUGCAUAGAUUCCCCAAACUGGCAAAGCUGGUGCCUUAAUGUUUCUGCAGACCAGCGAGAAUGAUGCUGUGUGGCAGAGUUUUCUGCUGCUGGUGUGAUUUGAACAAAGGUAGACCCUUUACAGCUGUUAAUUUGGAUGAACUACAAUGCAGAAAAUACAAGAGGUACAGAGUAGAUAGUUUGUACAAACUCCAUCAUGGUUGUAAUUUGCAUGACCACCUUUCUCACUGUACAUUAUAUUUAUCUUAGGAUUUUUACAUGAGAAAUAGAAUCACUUAAAGUAGACCAGAUUUCACUUUUCACUGUGAAAUGAAUUUGGAAAAAUGCUACAAAUGAACGAUCAAAGCGAUCCACCUUAUCAGUUUUCUAAAACCAAGUCUUUGCUGCAAAUUAGAUCUUUGAUUUUCAGAUCUGAUCUCAUGCUGUUUUCAUCCAAACCAUGUCUGAAUCAGCGCUCACUGGGAUGAGAAACAUCUGAAGAUUCUCUAAGAAACAUUACAACAAGCAGAAAAAUCUAUUUGAUCUGAGUUUUAAAAUUCACAAUUUGAAGUGUUUUUGGGUUAGCGCUUGAGUUUGGGUCUGCCAGGAGUAACUCAAAGUGAAGUCCUGCUUUAAGAAACUUGUUCGAGAUUGAUGGUUUGACAACACACCGUCACAGCUGGACAAACACGUGUAUACACACAGGUCACAUUGUGUUGCCACGGUUACAUUUCUCCCUCUGUCAGUAAACAUGGCUGUUAUCUUUGCGUCUUUGUCUCCAAGUUGAUCGCUCUCUUUCUUUCACAAAAAAUCUGCGUGUCGGAGCAGGAAUUUUUCUAUUUACUCAAACAUAUUUCACCGUUCUGUUACACAUAGACAUGGAUUAUUGCAGUAAUCUGUCACAUGUGUUUUUUCAGAAAUUCAUAGAGCUCAGUCUAGAUAUUAAUCCUAUUGAAGUACCUCUUAUCCUAACUCCAUUAAUGUCUUAAAGUGGAAAAUUUCCGAUCAUUACAGUAAGCUGAGUGUUUCCUAGAGCUACAGUAAAGCUUUAGAGUCAGCAAAACAGAAUUAACACAUAUGACAGCUGUUCAGGUCCACUGAAAGUAAAUAUAUGUUCUAUAAUGUUGAGCAGAGUCAUUAAAUUACUGUUACUUAAGAAAAGAAGAAAAUGAAUUUGAACGUGCUCGUCUUUGUUUUGACUUGAGUUUUUUUAAACGAGACAUGAAAGUGAAGCCUGAUCCUCCACAGCUGAAUUCAACUUCACCCAGAUAUCUUUAGAGAGAGAGAGAGAGAGAGAGAGAGAGAGUGUGUGUGUGUGUAUGUGUGUGUGUGUGCGUAUGUGUGUGUGUCACCUGUCACUCAGUGAUGUCAGGGUGUGUCGACAACAGCUGCUGUGUUUCCAUUCAGUUCUCCUCUGUGUCACCUCCUCCUCCAACAAACGUAUUACUGACGAUACUCACUCAGACGUGGUUCCAAAUAUCAUUUCUGAACUAAUGUGUUUGUCCUCAUUUUUUUAAAGCAGCUUAUAAAAUGUUGGAGCAAACAUGGAGAUUUUUAAGGAAUUUUCAGUAAAUGAGUGUUAAUUUUAAAGAAUAACACAGCUUGUUAAACUUUUAAGAUGACAUGCAGCUUGUAAUUUUUGCAUGAAUUACUUUUCUUAUUUUUCAAGAGCACUCAGACAUUUUGGGGAAUGUAUUUUUAUAAAAUUUGCCUUAGUCUGCAAAAAGUACAGUGGCCCUGAAGGUCAAAAAGCACAUAAAAUGGAAAAAUAAUUUCCCCAAAAACAGAUUUAAUCUUUUAUCAAAAAUAUUUAUAAAGUGUCACAAGUACAUCUCAGAAUACAAAAAUAAUCUAAAAAGAAAAAAGUUAUCAUGAAGCACUGAAAGCAUUUUAGUUUAAUCCAAAAAGAUUUCAUGACAAGUGAAAAGAAAUUGCAAAAUGUAAAAAUAACUUAAUAUUUCAUAAAAUAUUCUAGAGUUUUAUCAAAUCCUUUUGUAUAUUAUUCAAUAUUUUUUCGCUGAGGUGUAUUUUUUUUAGAGUUCUGUGAAAUAUAUUUUCUUUUUUUCAUGUAAUGAUUUUUGUUCACUAUAAAUUUUUGUACAGUUGAUCUACGAGGGCCAUUGUAGAAAUUUAUAGAGCGAUAUCAUCCAAAAUUGUGUUUAUUUCAAAAUAUUUGUUUCAAGAACAUAUAUUCAUUAAUUUGAUGUAAACAAUUUUAUCUUUGAUGAUUUUAAUAUCUUAUAGUUUUUUGUAUUUUUAUCAUAAACUCUUCUUUUUGCUGACUUUCAAUCAGCUGAUUCUGACUACAUUAAAAAGUAUUUAUACUUCACUUAUUUUCAUACUCUUUUUUAAAAUUAAUUAAUUCAUUUAAACUCAUUUUUUCUUCUAAUGCCAAAAAACAUUAAAAAAGUGAGGAGUCAGUGACUUGAGUUGAUGUCAGAUCUGGAAACAGUUCAUCUGAUAUAUUUCACUCUAGAUGUCUCUGCUGCCAAACAUCUGGCUUCACUCAGUCGUGUAUGUUUCAGUCUCUGAGGUGUUAGCUCAUCCUCACCUGUGCUUUCUGACGCUCUUCAUCGGUCCCUGUUGUGUCUCAAGAUUUCUGGCUGUACUUUUUGUCAUGUUGUUCAUAUUUUUCCUCCCCCUCCUCAUCUACAGGUGGCCCAGCUGCUGCUCAGCAGUAACAUGGUGGUGGCGCUGUUGGAGGGAGAGAGGAAGGAGCCCACAGACUCAGCCUUCACCACGCCGCUGCACCUCGCAGCACGCAACGGACACAAAGACAUCAUAAAGUAAGACGAACAAUAAUGGUAUUAGAGCUAAUGUGUUUUUUUUUGGCAUACUUUUUAAAAGCUCUCUAAAAAGAGGACAAAAUUUUAAAACACCUACAAGAAAAAGAAGCAAUUGUUUGUUGAGCCUCAUAGCUCUAACGUGAAAGGUGUGUGGAUGUUUGAAGCAGAGUGGGCGGGGCUUCUGUGGUGUGUGGUUGUUCACCAUCAAGCCAGCAUGUUUGAAUCAUGGGGAUGUGGGAGCGUGGACUCCAGCUAUGAGAGCUUGUCUCUUCUUCUCGCCUCAAGUACCCUGCAGAGCGCUGAAAUACACGACGGCAUUCCUGUGACCCACUUUUACGGCCCAUAUCCUCGUCUCAUCUAUGUGUGUGUGUGUGUGUGUGUGUGUGUAAGUAAGUAUUUGUGUGUGUGUGUUUAAGGGAGAGUCAGCGUUUCUGCACGAACCUGCUGUAUGAUAGUUUGUCUGAGUCUGACUUAAAAGAGGAACAUGCAAAUGAGGCAGAGCUGCUUCACCGAAUCACUCUGUAACGUUUCGGCACGUCAUAACAUAAUCUGAGUUAAGAGGGAGAUCACCGAGAAGUAUCAGUGCAGCAAAGUUUUAACUCCUCUGUGAACAAAAUAAACACUGCGAACAAAAGUCAGGUGAGGCUGAGUGGAUCUAGGACACCAGAAGCAGGGUGAGGGUUGGGCCUAAUGAAGUUACGUAUCAUGCAGUAGACAUUGAGGGACUCACAGGUGGACUUUCUGUGUUUGUUGUCUUUCAGGCUGCUGCUGAAGGCUGGCAUCGAUAUCAACAAGACCACCAAGUCUGGAACUGCUCUGCAUGAAGCCUCUCUGUACGGGAAAACUGAGGUGGUUCGGCUGCUGCUGGAUGUAAGUUCACCUGAGAGGAGUCAAAUGACCAUUAUGACCACGGAGAUUAGAUUGACCAUUAGUGCAACACUCUUCCUUUGUCUGUAUUUUUGUCGGUAAUAGAGGAAGUUAUCCCCUUUUAUUACACAGUCAUCAAGAGGCUGAAAGUAAUGUUUGGAUAUUGAGAGUUUCCUGAGGUGAAUAUGUAACAAAGAUAUUAUUUUUAACCUGUUUUACCCUGAAAAGAAACAUUAAUCUCUCGCUGAUAAGUUAUUUGUUAAUUUAACACCAUCAACCUCAUUAGUUUGCACCCAAAUCUCUAGUGUUAAAAUUAAAUGUUGAUAUUUAAUCAAAUUGAUUGAAUAUUAUCUUGAACAUUUGAAAUCAAAAGCACAAAAAAUAAUAUUACAAAAAAUGGAAAAACAGAAUGCAUUACAAGACUGUAAAACACUUUUAGUUCUCAUGUACAAAGAGGAGUGGGAAGCAGUGCAGAAUAAUGACAGUGUGUUUUCUAAACCAUUUCAUCCAAACCUGAGCUCACCCCAUGAAAACAACCCCCCAAGAGUUCAUUAAGGCGUAAACCUGUCUUACAUGGGCCUCAGUAGAAACUGCAAUAGCAAAAGAAUAAAUUAGAAAAUUGUUAAGUUGUAAAAACAUUGAGAAUAGGAAAUUUAAAAUACUCUGAAGUGGCAUCACAAUGACUAAAAAACCUAUCUAGAGGUUGUUUAUCUGAUGCAGAAGUAACAAUCAAAACAACUUAAAGGAGCACAAAUAUCUAAAAUUAAAAGAUGAUGGAAAAGUCGGAAAAGCUUCUUCAUGCUUCUAUUCUGAAUGUCAAUUUGCUUUUUUAUAUAUAUAAAAGAAAAUUAUAAUUUGUAUUAUUUCUUACCUUCUGCCAUAAUUUCACUACCUUGCAUGCUCUGUUGGACCUCCCCUAUCACAGGCAUUUGAGAGUAACUCUACAGGAAGUGUUAGCCGGAUAUUUUAAACAUGGAUUCGUUUCUGGGAAAUGUUCUUACUGAUUCACUUUAGUCCAAUCAGAGUCUUUGGCAGCACUGCUCUGUUUAACCCUCAGUGACUUCACUCCAUUCAUCUCUCAGUCCCCCUGCAGCUCCUCUUCCCCUCUCAGUUCAACACUGACGUAAGAUCAGAUCAAGUCUUAACCAAACCCUGGAGGGCAGACUGCAUAUUUUGGACUACAUCAAAGACAUCAGACUAGUUAGGGAACAAAAAUCACGCCUGAAGACAGAGCUGUAAUCGUCCUUUGUGUCGUCCCUGCAGGCUGGAGUGGAUGUCAACAUCCGAAACACGUACAACCAGACUGCGCUGGAUAUUGUCAAUCAGUUCACCACGUCGCACGCCAGCAGGGACAUCAAACAGCUGCUCAGAGGUCAGUGCUGGAAUCACAACAAGUACAUUCACUCAACCAAAGCACCUCUGAGCUACUUGUGUUCAAUUCUCUCUUCUUCCAAGAGAUCUUAGAGGCAGUUUCUGUACUCUUUACUGUACUGCAUUUGUGUGACAGCUUUAAAAAAUCAGCUGUACUCUGUUUGAUUUUCCAACCAACAGCAUGUAAGUUUUAGACUUUGGCUUAGCAUGAUCCCACUAACUGAGACCUGUUUACUGAGACUAAGUCUGUUAUCAUAAUGUCAUAAACAUGCAAGAAAACAAGAGUUUUUUGCCCUGAUUUUAACUUGCAAUUGUGAAAGUUUGCUCACAGAGUUGGUUUAAAACUCCUGUGGGGAGUUUUUUAAGCUCACAUAAUAGACUCAAGUUUAUAUGGAUGUGUUUUCAUGAUAUACACAGGCAAAUUGAUGAGAUUUAUGAUUUUUAGACGGAAACCAAAGCAAGGGGGUAGGUGUCAGAUGAGCAGCUAAAGAAACAACCCUGCCACUAAAACAUUUACAUUGAAUGAUACAUUUGACUGUGAAAAGUCAAAAAUUACCACCUAAGCAUGUAUGCUGUCAAAAAUAACAAAGGCUGUGUCAUCAUUGUACCAGAAGUUACAGGCAUUAAAAAUUAUUAUGGCGAUAUUGUCAGUCUUAUCAUCGAUGAUCUCAUUUGCUUUCGUACAUCAUCAAUAUUCAUCACUAAUUCUUUCUCUUUUUGUGAAAAACUCCUCACAGGAGCUUUAAUAAAAUGUACUGUAAAUUCUGUUUGAGUGCUUGUUAUGCUCCUCCUCUACUCCGCUAAGAACCAUAUUUGCCAAUAGUAGGCAGUUUUGAUGCACAACACCUCUUCUUUUAGUAUCUUAUUUUGGUUUCUUAAUAUAUAUCUUGGCUUUAAUGUCCCAUCUGCUAACAUGAAUGAAGUGAGCUUUAUGAUCUACACUGCUGUCAGUCAGUAGGGGGAGCUCCAACUAUUUUGGCUUCACCAUCAAGGGGCGGUCGUGCUGCCCAUGUUUUUAUACUGUCUGUCUGUGAGAGCAGGAUUCCCUGAUCCAGGAGCUGUGUGCCUUGGCCUCAGUCAGUUGGCAAAGGCAUAAAUCAGAUUUAAUUUAGCUUGAACACAAAUAUAAGAGAAAUAAUGAUCCAGUGUUGUAUAAAUAUAAUGUGGUAGAAUUGUAAAUGGAGACCGUUUUCUUUCACUUUUAGGACUUCAGUCACCAUGUUUGGGUUACUUACUUAAAGUUUUCUUCUGCUUCUUCUUCUCUUUUCAUCACUUCACCUCUCCAUCUCCACCCUCUCCUCCCUGGAUCUGGGUCUCUCUCUCUCUUUUCAGCCAAUUUAUUGAGCUUCACCUGACAUAAUUCAAACAGCAGCUGUGUUUAAAUUUUGGGGUUACGUAACAUCAGACUCUUUAUCAGUCAGCUCUCACAGCUUCAAAGACCAGACUGCUCACAUUCAGCCUCAAAUUUACCAGAGCUGUAUAUAUUCUGAGUGUGUGUGUGUGUGUGUGUGUGUGUGUGUGUGCGUGUGCGUGUGCGUGUGCGCUGCUCUGUAAUCCUGCAGUCUUUUGAAGUUCCUGUGGGAACAGACUGAAGGAAUAAUGAGCGGUUGUGUUGCAGAAGUGAUUUAAACAUGGAUGGAGACUUUCCCAUCAUGUUUACUGCUGCACAGAUCAAUGACUUGUACACACAUCAGUUAUUCAUGUGUUAUGUUAGCAGCUGCACAUGACUGUAAGUCAUCCAAGGGGUGACAAUCACAAUCAAAUUGACAGCAUCGUCUCCUUGAGCUGACGGGUGUUUCAAACACUUCUAUUUGAAACUCAUCCUCUUUCUGAUUCCGGUUACCUGUAAAUGCUCAGGUUAAAUGUUUAAAAGCCAGUUUGAGCAACUUUAAGUCAGCUUUAUAACAAAAACUGAAAACUAAGUAAGUGUGUAGAAGCCGUGAAAGUGAAUAUAAGCCACAUUUAUCUGAUGAAUCCAGAUAAACACCUUAUUUCGAAAUGUACAAGCAAUAAAUGAGGCUUAAAUUGAUUUUAAUUAGUCAGAAAUACAGGCUGAGAAAAAUGUGUCCAACUUCCUUGUGAUUUUAUUCCUAUUUUGAAAGAAUUAACUUCUAUCAUUGGAGAGUUGACACAUGCAUUUUUCCUAUCCGGUUGGCAGAAUUUUUCACUUGGGUCUUAUUUUGACUUGUAUCAUCUUAAAUCAAUGUGGUUAACUGGACUUUUCAGGUGAAUCUCGCUUAUAAUGAGUCUCUCUCUGAUUUUAUUUCAUUUUUUAUAUAUAAAUAUAUAUAUAUAUAUUUACCAAGGAUAAGAGAAAGUUUUUUCAGUGUAAACUACAAUACUAUGAGACUGCACUGCAAGACUAGAUUUUAGUUGUCAUCUGUGCUUGUUUACAUCCGGGUAGUAUAGUCAAUACUCUAAUAAGUAAGACAAAAGGAGUUUCUUGUAGUUUGUUUCUAGUAUUCCUGCACAUUCAGUAUUCCUGAUCUGUUUCCUCCUCAGAUGCUACAGGGAUCCUGCAGGUCCGAGCUCUAAAGGAUUACUGGAACCUGCACGAUCCCACCGCCCUAAACAUCCGAGCUGGAGACGUCAUCACGGUGAGAAACUCAGAGAUUGAUCAAUCGUGACUGUGUCACACCUCUGCUAUCAGUGAGUUAAUUGUUAGUGAAGGACACACGAAGAACAAGCUUUAAACCAUCUAAAUCUUGGUUUGGAGUCAGGAAAAGAAGAGCAAGUUCAGUGGCGAAAAUGUGACAUUAUGUUAAAUUUUACUAUCUUACUGUCAAACAAGAACUCCAGUUUGAUUAUGCCCUAAAACUUAUGCACAAAUUUGAUCAACAGCCCUCUAACGAAAGAAAACGUUAACCCACUAUUUUCUAUCUUUGUCUUCAAAGAAUAAUGUUCUAUAUUGAAAGAGUAAAGGCGCAAAGGCACCAACACAGGGGUGCUGUGGAAUUAGAUUUCCUCUUGAAAAGUUUUUCCACAUAUUUCAGACUUUCCCUCACUUUUAAGUGGUGUCAUUGUUUCUCAUAAAAAAGUUGAGAUCUUAUAAAUGUCUUCUGUCACGUCAAAUCCUGAGCUGCUCUCUGUCAGCUGUUUGAACUCCACCAUCUGAAGUCAGCACUGACAAACCUUUAAUGUUUGAACAAGUUAACCUCUUUCAGGGACAGGUGGAGACAAGUCUUUUACACACAUGCAAAUACACACUGCAGGUUUUACACAUACAUCCAUCUAACCUCAGUCUGUAGUUUAAAGCCCGAGUGUCAAUGUUUGCAUGAGAAGGAAAUAUGUCCCUAUCAAUACAAAGCAAAUACCGACUUGUCCCGACCAGAGAUUUUGUCCAAAACCAGAGUCUUACUGAAAUAUGAAGGUCUUUUUUCUACAGUGUAUUAAUAACAGACUAGGUGGUUCCUCCUUUCUUUGGAGUGGAGGAUGUAGUAUCUAUGAUCAAUUUUUGAUUUACCCGACUGCUGGACAGUUUAACCAACAUUUCUGGAUCAUGUUUACUAAUAAUUUCCUGUUUGCAUUGUCCAGUUCGACAGUUUUGUAGAAGCAGCAAUGAGCUGUGUUCACAGGACGGUUCUUAGAUUUGACUUCAACUCCAGAGUCAUGUCUGUUUUUUAUAUGCAUUACCACAUAGGAGCCCAAAGAUCGAUUCCAUAAAGUAUGAGUUAUCAAUUUUGUUCCCUUUGUACAGAUUUCUAACACUAAUGUCUUUAGGGACAUGAUGAAAGUUAAUUUCAUAAUUAGCUUUCUGAUGAGCAUUGCAAUUCGCUAACACACACGUUUGUUUCACGAUCAUCCUCUGUAUUUAUCAGAGUGGGGCUCCGGGGGCGGAGCUUGGAUUUGUGACAUAGGAAAUCUCACUGUUUCUAAACCUGCCAUUUGGGUCUGCCAGAGAUUCACAGCGGUUUGAAUGUAGAAAUACUCAGAAAUGGAAUUUUGCACUUAUUUUUCACAUGAAAUGUCCUCUAGUAUCAGAAAAAUGCCAUAUGAUCAUGUAGACAACAAGAAAAACAUGAUGUUCAUCAGUGUAGGUCUUUAAUGAUAUUAUGAACCAUAUAUGAUUUUACUCUCAAGAGCAUUAUAUGGAGUUAUACUGUUAUCUCACACAGUUAAAAAUCUGUUGCAAACAAAUGUUAUUAGAUAGUAGAUAUCUUUGUAUUAUUAUUAUUAUAAGAAUUUGUAUUUGGGAUUGCACAACUUUUCUCAGUAUUGUCUUUUCCCCGCCCUAACUUUUUUGAAAGAUGUUCCUGAAUUAAACUUUAAAUAAGCAUAUUUUCUUUAUGAAACAAAAACACAUUUCAGUGUCAACAUGUGAUUUCUCGUCUUUGUACUUUCUCCAGUUUGAAUGAUCUUUUCAACAUUUUACACAGCAUCCUCACUCAUGCGGAGCUGGGGUUUGUAUAAAUAUCCACGAAUGCACUCUGAGCCUGUUGAAAGCAGCUGUCUCUCUGUCUGUCACUGUGUGACAGACUCAGAGUUGAGUUAUACACUUCAAUGAUAAAUCUGAAAGUUAAACAGGGUUACAUCAGGCUUCAAUGAUCAAAAAACCAGCCUCUGUUUCAAGUCUGUAUCGCACCUCCGUAAAUCUUUGUAACCACCCUCUCUCCUGAGACAUGAGGGAGUACAGUCUGUUCAGAUAUUGUCAAAUAGAUAUUUUCCUGACUCUCUUACAUCUCUGUUACACAUAGAAAAUACUUUGCGUUAUCUAAUACAAAUGCAGGCCUUAAAGUUUGAGAUUGCAAGAGCAUAACCCUGCACUUUAUGAAUGCAGGAGUAUCAGGAUCAGGCAUUAAAAGAAAUAUGAGUUUAGUUUUUGGAAUGACAUUUGUAUUUUGAGAACAAAUUAGAGUAUAAAGAAUAAGGUUGAUGUGUCAAAGAACUCCUCCUUCUGUAAAGUAUUCAUGCUAAAGACUAUGAAACUGUGUUUUGCUUUAGUCCUUUAACAACUAAAGUUUAAAAAUCUGUAAAAAAGGUCGACUUUUUCAUCAGAUUGUUGUAUAAUUUCUAUUCUGCUGUAAAUCAUGAGUAUUUUCUCCCUCCUCUAAAAAUAAAUCAGACUGGUGAGUAAACCUGGACGAUAUGACACAGGUGUUGUUCAUGUCGGGACUUGUAUUAAAGUAUUAAACAUCACUAAAAUCUGAUCUGACAGUCACCAAAGUUCAGUGGAAAAACACAGAUGACUAAAGAUGCCACGAUUACAAAAUCACACUAGAGUAUUUUUCCACUGUGUUCAAACUUGUAAGAAAUGGUGAAAAAAAGCUGGUUUGAACCUCACUGUGUCAGACAGACAGGCUUUAUGGUGACCUGUCUUGUCUUAUGUAGGUGUUGGAGCAGCAUGUUGAUGGACGCUGGAAGGGCCACAUCCACGACAAUCAGAGGGGGACGGAUCGGGUGGGCUUUUUCUCGCCGUCCAUUGUGGAGGUCAUCAGCAGACGGAACGGUCAGUCUUAUGUACAGUAGUUGAUGAAAACAUCCAGUUAUCCAGACGUUGUGUCACCUGUUAGUGGGUCAGUGUUUCAUUCCCACUCCUCUUCAUGUCGAGUUGAGGUUUAGAUUUAAAGCCCCUCCAUCAGGAAACUAAUCCACCUGCUUUCAGACCCAUCCCACGCUUCCACCUUUUCUCCCCUCCCUCCUGCAUCCAUCUCUCCAUCCAUACCAAAUAAUGACUGACCUCCACUUCUAACCAUCAGCUUGAUAACCUCCCCCUUCCUCCCCCUCCUCUCCCUCCUGUUGUCCUCCCCAUCUCACCCUGUAGGGGGCACCCUGUCCCGGCACGCCUCUUUGCCCACCCAGCGCCAGCAGCUGCACUCCAGAGCCCCCCUCUCCUCCAGCCUCAGCUCCGCCCCUCAGACUGACGACUCCUACACUCUGUAUGCACCCCCCACCCAUGUGGUGCUGCCGCUAGCCAACGGCCUCACUACCAACGCAGGUACACACACUCUCCUCCAUGUUCCUGCUCACUCACCUGCACAGGUUUGUUCCUAACUCUAACCCUGAUUUCACAGGAGGAACCACCACUAAUGUGCAUGACAUGUUUUCUUUCUCCACCACAAGAGUCACUCACUAAGAUCAGCUUUAACAGUUUUUCCUGAGCAGGAGACUUUGUAGAAGUCUUUGCAGCCUAAUCUGUAUCCUCAAACACGCCUUAACCCCCUCGGUCACCCGCAGUCCAUCAGCGUCUCUGUGUCUGAUAGGUUUGUGUCCCAGCCGCCUGUCUCAGUCUGAGUUUCCCUUUGAGGACAUCUGGGUUCUCAGGGACUCGUGUCAUGGUAAGAGCCCCGAACCCGAACAUCAGCUUCACCCCCCUGGCUGUUCUGAAGCUGCCGCUGCCCCGCACAACGCUCUGUAGAAGGACCCGGCACACCAAAUCGCACAUCACUGCCUGUUAAAUGAGAUGGCUGUAACACCUGGCUUACUUCAUGCUGCUUCACAGUUUCUAAUGUCAGCUGAUGCAACCACCUGUCAGAUCAUGUAAUCCUGCCUUUAUGUCUCUUUAUGUCACGUCACAUGACCUAAUGUCCGCUCAUGUUGCCUGCUAGCCAGCUCAUGUCGCCUCAGAUGUUCUUAUUGUGUCCUCACGCCUCACACUUCUUAAUGUUCUCUCAGUGUGUGUUACCUUAUAACUGAAUAUUAUCAUCUUCUCUUUAAGUUUCCUUUAUGUCCCCUCAAAUAAUCUAAAUCCACCUGCAUGGAUCUCUUGUGUCUCAUGUUAUUGCCUUUUGCCCUCUAUCCCUUAAAAUGCCUCAUUUCUUAAUGUCGCUCCAUACAACCUCAUCCUGUCUCACCUCACCUUGUGUUUUCUCUUUUGUCCUCAUGCUGCCCCACUCUUCUGAUUUUACAUUAAUUUACCUCAUGAGAUCAAAUUAUAUUUUUCUGCAUCAUGCGACCUCAUGCCAUCUCAUUUAUCCUCGUUCUCAUGCUGCCUCACUUACUUUUUAUUGUAAGAACUUACCUCAUACUACCAACAGUAACACCUUUUUCCCUCAUGAGACCUCAUGCAGUCUCAUGUUACCCUUAUAGUCUCAUUUGUCCUCAUUCUCAUGCUGCUUCACUUUACAUGUUGCCAGAAGUUUCAAAAAAUGACCCCAUUUUCCCUUGUGACCCAUGUGACCUACUGCCAUCUCAUUUGUCCUCAUUUUUAUGCAGCCCUACAGAUCUUAUGAUCAAAAUAAUCUCAUUUUUCCACGUAAUCAGCCAUCUCAUAUCGCACUGUUAUCUCCAAUAGCUGCAAGUUUUCUUAAGUUGUACUUUUUAUCUCAUUAUAUGUACAUUUUAUCUCAUAAUGCUGCUCAUAAGCAUUAUCAUGUACCUGUUUAAAUGCUUAUGUAUUAUUGCUCAACAUUGCUUCACAUUAUUUAAUUCUUCUCACAUCGCCUCAUUCAGCCUCACCUCGCUUCAUUUUGCAUCACCACCUGAAGGUGCCACUUCAGAUGAUAUCAUACAGUUAAAUCAAAUCAGGUAGCCUAACUGUACUCACCUUACAAUAUUUUACAUCACUCCUCACUGACUAAUGCUCCCCGAGUUCCUCUUCUACACUUCUUCAAAUUGUCCAACCUCGUCUCCAGUCUUUAUGAAUAACUCCUGUCGCCUCACAUCACUGAAGUCGCAUGAAACAGCAGCCUGAUGUUUCCUCAGAUCAUCUCAUGUCAUCUUUUUUUUCUCACACUGUGAGAGUAACUGACAGUCAUCUUGGUGUGUCGGGUCCAAACACUGAAUGAUUCACUGUGUCGUCUGCUUCAGAACGUCUGGCUGUCAGUCCUGUAGGUCUCCAGUGGCGCCACAGGGGGGCGACACUAGUGUAUGUCAUUAUGGACCACGUGGAUUGUCAGAUGCUUUUUAGAGGUUCAGUCGGCUGCCUUAGCUUUAGAGACUGCUCUAGAUUCUUUGAUACACAGAAGAGUUACAGAUCUAUUUUCAUGAGUUUGCAUUUUGUUUUACAGAUUUAGGAUCCUCCAACUAAUCCUCCUGUCCUAAAUUACCAUAGAUAAAUUACCUUAAGGAGUUCAACUCUGAGGUUACACUGUGUUUUUCCGUGUUAAAUAUAGGGGUGCAUGAUAUUGGAUUUUUGCUAGUAUUUGAUAUGCUAAUAUUUUACAAAUUUAUUUUGGCCAGUGUAGAUAAAAGAUAAAUACCAGGGCUGUGCUGAUGUACAGAUAUUGACAACAAUAUCUUUUUGGAAGAAUUAAAUAUUUAUGUUUUGCUAAAAAUAAGCUGGUUGACGCCUCACAAAAGGUAGGAGAGAUUAUCUGCAGGAAUAUACUCCAAAUUAAAAGCCUAGUUUUACUAUGUCAGGAAAAAAAAGGAACCUAAACACAAGACAAAAAAACUAUAUUAAAAUAAAAGCAUUACAAACAGUUGUUUACAAGCUACAGUCUUCUCCAAACAAAUUUCAGACACAGGACUAGCAAUGAGUAUAAAUCUCAAACCUAAACAUUAGAAAUCGAGGAUAUGUACAUGCAUAGUGUUUAUUCAGUUUUUUUUAGCAAUGUUAGCUUCCUAUAUCUUCCCAUACUGGUAUUAUACUUGUAAUAUUGUGCAUCCCUAGCAAAUAAUUAUAUGUAAUAUUAAUGCUUUGAGGUAUCUCAAAGAAGGAAGUUUUGGAUAUUUUACUCUCCUUUCAAACCUCACUCUUGUAAAGUCAGAUGCCACAUCGUACUACAAGUUCAGCUGCUCGGCUUUGAAUCUUUCGCUCUCUUUAUUAGACUGUAACAGUAUUUGUAGCCUGCAGUAAGAGUCACAAACAGCUCAGACUGUGGUAGUGCACCAGCAGAGUUAUCCUUACUCUGCGUCUGUCCUCUUAGCCUGAUGCUGCCAGCUACAUGACUUUCAUUAAUGGAUGCUGUCUUGCACCGCCACAGCACAGCUUUUGUUCUACAAACCUGCAUCCUGCCCACCGUCGACACCAGCCGGCCCCCUCAGCCCCGUGCCUCUGCAGGCUUGUUUGGCCCCAGAUGUUUCGAGAAAGUAUCUGCUGCUUCCUGAAGCCUGACGCCAAUGCUCUCUCCCCUCAUUCUCAGUUGUGAUGUAAAAUUUAUGUCAUUGUUUAUAUCGUUUGCAGCUGGAGAUAGAAACAGUGUUGGGAGUACUGGAAGCGUUGGCAGCACCCGGAGUGCUGGGAGCGGACAGAGCACUGAAAGCAACAACGGACCCAACGGAAUUCAACACAACAACACAGCUCACCAUGACAACAAUAAGGUACACAAAGUACUAUCACAGUAUUACACCCACUCUGAGAAACAGGAAAUGUUGUCAGAUGUGCUCAGGACUUCUUGGAGAUUUGAUUUUCAUUGUUGUUUAUAUCCUCUCAUAUGAAACACAUCUGCAAAGUUUUGUUAAACUUUAUAACCUUCUGGAAAAGCUAAGAAAAAAUUUAAAAAAGGCCAUGGUACCAAUACAUAGAUGUGGAAGAAGGCUGAUUACAGUUUUGAACAAAUGGCACUAAAAUAUAUCUAACACUAAAACUUAGUGUCAAGGUUGUAGGUGUUUUCAGUACAAAAACUUGUUUUCCUUAAGUGAAAUGAUUUUAAUUUUGAUGUAAAGAGUUUACUUAAAGGUAAUACCACGAUUGAUUUAAUACAGAGCAAUUUCCAGUUCCAUCAAUCCUCUACAUUUUAGUAUGUUACUGCCUGCUGACCGUACAUUUGUUUUUGGUGUUUUUGUGUGCAGCCAGCGCCCUCUACUGUUGACUGUGGACACCCAGACUUCAGCAAACAGCUUGAUCAUCCUGCAGGUACUUUUCUCGCUCAGUUAAAUUUUAAAUGAUGGUGCUGGUGAACCGCUUUAUCUUUGUAUUUGAAUCAUGAACUCUGAGCCUUGUUUCAUUUCAGUGUAUGUAAAGCAAAAAGAGAACUGUUAGAUUUUGUUAUUUAAUUUCCUGUCACAGCAAUCGGUAAAGCAAAAGCUCCUUUCUUAUGAUGUUACCUUUUUAAGAAUAUUUCUUAUAUCAAUUAAUUCUAAUAAAAACACAUUUUCAUAUUAUUUAAGAAACUGAAUCCAUGCAGGAAAAUGUUGCUUUGCGGUUUGAUUAUCUGUUUAUCUUCUUUUUCUGUUUUGUUUAUGACAUUAAAGUCUCAGUUAAAUUUUGACUAAAUCUAAAGCCAUAACCGUAAACUUCUUCAAGUUACAUUUAUAUUUUGUCUGUUAUCAAUUUGCCAUCAAAACAUUUUCAUUACUUUUCUUAUUUUCCUGUCUUAUAUCAGAGUUUUAGCUCAGCUUCAAGUAUUUUUGGUUGUCUUUUUCUUUCUUUUCCCACUUCGGUACUCUAAGUACUGUUUCUUUUUUUUCUUCUUCUGGGUUUAAGUGAUAUAAAAUCAGCUUUCUAUUGUGCUGAACCCUUAAACUCAGGAUGCCAAAGAUGUUUUUCCUCAGACGAAUCACCUGCUGAACUCUGGUGUCAUGUCACACAGGUGGGACUCCUCGGAGGCAGACGGUGACAGUGCAGAGACCUGCAGAGCAAAAUUUCUCUCAGCAGUUCGUUCGUCCUCAGCAGCUACUUGAGGGAAAGGUGAUGAUUGUGUCUUUCUUAAUCUCCUCUGUACUCUUGAUAAUAACAAUGAUAAUAAUCCCUCAAAAUACCUUAAUUUUUCCUCCUAGAGCUUUGACAAAGUUUUGAGAUUGGUAAACUUUACAGAAAUAAAGACAGAGAAGUAAGAAUAUAGAGCUUUUUAAAGUUGUGUAAUAAAUAAGAAACUUAAUAUUCAUCAACAAAUGGUGAGAAAUAGGUGGAUGAGUCAAACAUGACAAAAACAAAAAAAUCUUGUAAGUUAUGUGUAAUGUAUAGAAACUACAUUGGCUGCAAUUAGCAGCAAAGGCACGUACCAUCAAGACCCCAGGACUCAAAGUGACAUCAGUGUUUUUGAUUCUGUGUGUUAUAGGAUGCAGAGGCCAUCUACCAGUGGCUGAGUGAGUUUCAGCUGGAGCAGUAUACUGGAAGCUUCAUCAAUGCUGGGUAUGAUGUUCCCACCAUCAGCAGAAUGACUCCUGAGGUACUUCAUUACCGAUAUUUUACUGGUCACUACACACAUGGUUGUUUUUAGGCAUUGUUUGACUUCAGUGAAAAGUGUGCAGCAGAAAUAUCAUUUGACUCGCUGUGGGUCAGGGUAGCUAUAACAAGGCUCAAGAUCUCCUGUCUUGACAGUAAACCAUCAAUUAACCUUUUGUCCAUAGGAUCUCACAGCCAUUGGAGUAACCAAACCAGGCCACCGCAAGAAGAUCUCUCUUGAGAUCAACAACUUGAACAUCCCUGAAUGGCUCCCUGAGUACAUCCCUGUAAGAUUCCCAGUUUUUAAUACUAAUGCUGCGUUCGAGUUACCUCGGAAGUCAGAAGUCCGAGCUGAAAAUGAUGUCACACCUGAGUUAGCAGCGUUUCAGUUACCAAGUCAGAAGAAAGCAAAAUCAGAGGUGGAAACAAGAUGGCUACAUCUACAAGAGUUAUUUAAGCACUUGCCUUGUCCAAAUAAAAGCAAGGACAGGGCAAGCGCUAAAUAACUUUCGUAGAUGUAGCCAUCUUGUUUCUGCCUCCGAUUUUGUUUUUUUCCGACUUGGCACCGGUAACUCGGGUGUGACGUCAUUCUCAGCUCGGACAUCUGACUUCUGCGGUAACUCGAAUGCAGCAUAAAAUACAAUGAGCUCCCAAAACUGUGAUAGCAUUUAUCUGAGUGACCUGAUCUUUCUUACAGUCUGAUCUGGGUGAGUGGCUCAGUGCCAUCGGCCUCCCACAGUACCACAAGAAACUCUCUGAAAACGGCUACGACUCUAUCACCAUCGUCAAAGACCUCACUUGGGAAGACCUGCAAGAAAUUGGCAUCACCAAGCUGGGUAACAACAUUAAAUCUGUGGUUACUUUGCUUGUGCACAUUAUUGCUGUUUCAACAAGUGGUUUUUAUUCUGGUUCAUUGGUUCCCUUCCUCCCCCAGGCCAUCAAAAGAAGCUGAUGCUGGCAGUGAAGAAGCUGUGUGACAUUCACAGGGCAAUCCUGCAGGCUGAAUCAGGACAAGGAACACUGCGUCGCAAAGGUCCAGGAGCCCUCCACUUGGUCACAAUAGAGCCACCCGACUCAGCAGGUGAAUGCUCUUCUCCCCACACCCCAAAGAUGCUGACUUUCCAGGACAGUGAGCUGAGCACUGAGCUGCAGACAGCCAUGUCCAGUCAUUAUGGAGGCUGCGAGGAGGGCUUGGCCAUCAAGAACGCAGUAGGAAUGUCCCAAAGCCAGGAGAGUAUCGACACUCGCUCUAGAGGAUCUGGACGCUCCCAAGAGCCUCCCACAGCCUCUAUCACUCCCCACAGCUGGUCUCAGGAAAGCCUGGAUGGUAGCCCCGCCAAGGAGAGGAACCACCCUGAGGGCUGGGAUCAAAGGCCUCUGCAGCAGCAGCUGCUGCCGAAGCAGGUGCCUUUGGGGACAGCAACGGUUUUCAAGUACCCAGCAAUCCCAGCCAAGCCCAAGCUGCCUGGAUCUUGUGGUUCCUCCCCUCAUGGCUCCCCAGCACUGAAAGGUUUCAGCUACCUGCAUUCUCAUUGUGGCUCCACAGAUCUGAACUCACCUCAGAGGCUUGUUGACCGCAUGGUGACCCUGACUCCACCCAAAAAGCGCAACCAGAGCAAGACCCGCUAUGCUCUGUCAGACGGUGAGCCUGAUGAAGAUGAAGAGGAAGGAGCUUACUGUUCUGGAAACUUACCAUCCUAUGCCACCUUGACACGCAAACCUGGUCGCAGCCAGGUGUCUAGGUUACAGUCAAGCCCAGAGAAGAAUGGAAAUGUGGGGCGCAGUCAGUCCUUUGCAGUACGGGCUCGCAAGAAAGGUCCCCCUCCCCCGCCUCCGAAAAGACUAAGCUCAGUGAGCAGCACGACGAGUGGAGAGUUGAGCGACAGCAGCACAACCUCAUCGAUUUGUGUGACGGACAGUCCAGUGAGCGUUAGAAGCAUUGCAGCCUCUCUACAAGGGAAGACAGAGACAAAGGACCUUUCAGGGUCUAAACCAGACCUUGUCCAGCAGAAUCCGACUUCUUCUUCCCUUGGCUCUACAGGACAGGAACAAAGAGAGGCCGGUGGUGUUAGGAGGAGGGUGCAGAGUGAGUGUAUUCCUUCCCAGACUGGUAACAGAACUGAGCCAGAUCGAGGGGUAAAGUCUGACACUGAGGAGGAGGAAUCGAAAGGUUGUGGACUGGAUGGGUCUUCAUCUCCCCAGAACAGCUCCAGUGAGUGUAUCCCCUUUGCUGAAGAGGGCAACUUGACCAUCAAACAGAGACCCAAAGCUCCAGGGCCACCAAGAGCUGAGGCUGUGCUUGAGCCGCCAGAAAAACAGGACGCUAAGAACCUUGAAGUCCCAGAGUUCAAUCUGAAAGAGUCAGACACAGUGAAACGCAGACACAAACCCAAAGACAAGGAGCAGGGAGGAGGUUCCCCCAGCAGAGUGGGAGAUGAGGUAGAAGGAUCCAAUCGUAGCAGGUCUCCUUCCAAGAGCCAGGAGGAGACCUGUCUAAGCAUUAGUGAGGCCAGUUUGGUAAGGCCAGCUAGUCCAGCAACAGGAUCCCAUAUUAAACGUUCACUCUCCCCUAAACCUCCUGCUGUUGCCCCCAAACCUGCUCGCCACAGUCUGCAUGCAACACAAGGUAAAAUACUUUCAGUAUCUCUGUAGACUUGAUGUUUAGUUCAAGAAAUAGUGAAAAGAAAAGUUGAAUAAGACGUAGAAUCCUUUGGUCUGUAUCUAUAUCUAUAUAUCUAUAUUUGCUCUUAACUUUAAACUUUUUUGGCUAUGGUUGCCUCUUGUGUGAUCUGUGUUGACUUUCUGAUCUUGAUCAUAGAUUUUUUGUCUUGACUUUAAACUUUUUGGACUUGACCUAAGAACUCUAUUGUUAGUCGAGGUAUGGAACUUGUUGAUGUAAGAUUCAAACUUGUUGUUUUAGAUUUAGUCAGUUUAGUACUGACUGCUUGGGGGGGACGCAGCUCAAGGAAGAACAUUUAUGAUCAUUUCUUUAUGGAAAUGCAAUCAGACCAAGACGCUCAGGCAGAAGAACUACCACAUCUGCAGUGCAAAAUGAUUAAUAUGAUGAUUUUAACUGCAAGGAAAUGAUAAAGAAAUUAUCAUAAAUGUUCUUCCUUGAGCUGCGUCACCCCACUGCAGUCCGUAAUGGACUGGCCUGAGGUCUUGCUACAAACAAACAGCUGCUGGAUGAGAGUAGGUGAGUUGUGUUUAGUCUCUUUGCUAAAGAAAUUAGGCAAAGUUAAAAAGAUGUUUGGUGGCUAGUGCAGUGGCUAGGACCCUAUAUGUACUGUUGAUGAAGUUAGGUGCUGUUCUGAGCAUUAUUUGUGGCUAUAGAGUAGCUUUUUGUUGAGGUUUGUUUAUGGCUUGAUAGCCUUGCCUGUGGACUCUUUGGUCUUUGAUCUUGGCUUUAGACUUGUUGGUUUAGAGUUGUUGGCACCACAGUCUUGACUUUGGCUGUUGUUUUAUUAUCUUGAGUUAACCCGUUGGUCUACCUCUCUGUCUUGAUUUGUGGUCCUUGUCUUUGAACUUAUCAGUCUACAGUGGAGACUUUUUGGACUUCAGUUGAUGCUCGGUUCAUGUAAAUUAAAAUGGACUUCAUUCCACACUUGGUUGGUAUUAACCCUUUAUUGUCUUUUGCAGCUGGACCCUCGUCUCCCUCUGUGACUGUCUGUGGGAUUCAAACUGUGGCCUUCAGCUCUCCUUCCUCUCCAGUUCAUAUACCCAGAGCUCCAUCCCCCCAGGCCCCCCACAGUCCCUCUAUGACAGCUGCCAGGGCUCAGGUGUGUACGGUGGGUCGAGGUAACAUGCCUGAGUCGAACUCUGGGACCGAGGUGGUUCAGCAGAGACUGGAUCAGACCAGCACGUCUCUGGAAGCAGCUCUGAAGGCUGUGGAGAGAAAACUGAACAGGGAGGACCACUCUGAAACGUAAGUGGUUUUGAGGGCCUAUGAUUUUGACAUCAAAGCUCUAACAAUCUUGACAGAGCUCUAACCUUGAAGGAGUUUAAAUUUACAGUGCAGGUGUACAUCAGCACUCAUGAUAUGCCUCUGUGAGUUAAUAUUCAUGUCUUUUUUUGUUUUUCCUUUAGCACGUCAAACUCAGUAAAGUCUGCGGGGACCAUCCUGGAUGACAUCGGCAACAUGUUCGAUGACCUGGCAGACCAGCUGGACGCCAUGUUGGAAUGAGAACUUAGUAUGAACGCUCUAAGCUUAAAAAAAACUAUUUACUCGCAAGCUCAGGAAGUGAACCGGAGACAGAUACAAAAGAGGACUGAUGGGGAGAUUUUACCCCUCUGCCCUGGACUACAUGACAGAGGAAGCAAAGGUUGAACACCAGCACUUAAUCUCCAUUGUGCUUCCUCAACCAAGUCCUCCUGACGCACAUGUGACAGACAGAUGAAUCUGUUUGUAUGGAUGGAUUCCCUUUUUUAGCCUUUUUAUCAUUUGUGUUGUUGCGUCCUGUCAAACAUGAACCAAACAAAGACACUAAAGUUGGACCAGCAUUAUGUUAUUAGCCCACUGUGAGGCAGAUUAUUGUUAUUAUUAUUAAACUUGUUAUACACUAAUAUUGUAACAUGAGGUUUUAACUUUUUGACCUGAAAGAGGGCUGAACUCUGACGACACUGUCAGUCCAGCAGCUGUUCAACUAAGAUGUUUGUCUCUGCAGGAGUCUGUUAGUCUCUUUAAAACAUUUUCAGAUGAAUUCGGACCUUGAAAGAUACAUUCACUUUUUCCAACAUUGUGGGGUUUGUUAUGAAAAUUCAGACAUUAUACUGCAUGUUGAGAUCUUGAACAUGACAGUGUAUGAAAACCAGGGCUGUCACUUUAAAAAAAAUUAAGCUGCACAAUUAAAUCAGCUUUCCUUUCAAUGAACCACAAAUCUUCUUCGUACAAAGUCAACACACAGCCCUAUCUUUGUCUUUACCUUGCACUCUGUGGUGUGGGGUCCAAAAUGUUUACAUAAGGGGCCCCUCUUAUGUUUUGCUGUCCUGACUGUCCGCUCAGAACAGCUUUGACUGCGGCACACAUCCUCAACUUUUGCCGAAUAUCAUCGUAGCAUUAAUUUACCGAUGUCAAGGGUGGUAUGCGAUGGUCAGGUAACGGUGCAAGUGUUCUCCACUUGAUCAAACAGCAAGCUACGUUAGCCAGCCUGAUACGCUGAUAAAUUUGGUAUUUUAAUAUGAAUGGCUAAUUAUUGUUCCAACACAAACUUUUCCCCUUAAGUUUGAGCAAAUAUUUGAAUGAAUAAAAAAGUGACAGCCCUGAUAAAAAGUUUACAAAAAGAGGGAUCAAUUUUUAGUAUCUGUCUGUUUUGUUCCCAUUCAAAAACUCCUCUCAAAAGCUUUAAAAAGAUAUGACACAGUUUAAGUUUCUACGAUCGAUAUCCCAACAAAAUGGUGUUUCGAGGCUGUAUUUUUUCCUCUGGUGUAAUUUUUGAAAGAGACACUUCCUCGAUUCUAGUUGGAACAGAACCUGGACUGUCUGGUUUCACUCUGGCUCUCAUGUCUGACCAUUUCAAAUUUUAUCUUUGUAAUAUUUAAAAAAAAUCUAUUUUAUACAAAAUGAUCUUAACCAAGUGUAGUCUUUCAUUCGGCUCAGCUCGAUGUGUGUUUGUGUUUUAAAACUGUUAUUGAAGCUACAACAAUGUGUAAAAGUGCUGUGAUAGAAAGGGAAGAGACGCAUGUUCAGCUGUCGAGUCUCUCUGUGUGACAUACAAACUAUUUUUUGAUAUUCAUUUUAGCCAAAUUAGUAUUUAAAUUAGACUUAUCUAAAUAUGUAUAUUGUAAACUAGAGGUAUAUACAGGAGCAGAUACUCAACCAAAGUCUUUGUACAGAUCCUCCUCAGAUAUUUUCAAAUACAAUUCCUUUAAAAAAAUGCAGAACUGUCCUUUUCAUGUUAAUUGUAAGAAGUGUAUGAGCUGUUAUUUUCUUGUGUGGCCUGCAGUGUAUGGAUAAAUCAGCAUAUAAAGCAUGAACUAGCUCUAUAUGAACCUUUUGAAUAUGUGCUUUAACCCUGGUGUGUUGUUCGUCACGUGAUAGUGUGUAAAUGAGAUGCCCUCUGUUUUUAUUUUCUUCAUCUCUGUCUUGAGAACCUCCUGACAGAUCACAUUAGCUUCUCAUUGUUAUAAUGCAAUAAAGAAUAUAAGAAGCUGAAUUUAAAGGAUAUCAAAUGAAUAAAUGAUUACAUUAUA